AUGUCCGGACCCAAUCAAAAGCAGCGUACGGCUAAGAGCCAAUGAGAGCACGGCCGCGCUAGGCGCGAGGUUGGCUAUACCCGCGUGCUUUGGCAAUUCAAUUCCUUUCGGGUUUCGUCCUUGGUGGAGUGCGGGUCUCUGCGUAGAAUAUGAGGGGUUUGCAGUAGCUUUGUACUUAGGUUCAUUUAACGGCGUGGGCGGACGAUUAUUAUGACUACUGUUGUUAUUUUCCUCUCCCCCCUUUAAAUGUAUUUAAUUUAAAAUUAAAUGUAUUAAUUUAAAAUUAAAUGUAUUAAUUUAAAUACAUUUAAAUGUAUUUAAUUGCUACUAAUUUGGAGUCUAGUGAGAGGCACUUGAAAAAUUGCCGGGGGUGGGUACCCAAAACAAUUUUUUCCAAUUUAUUGGGGGAAGCUGGGGACCCCCACUCCGUUUUCUGUAUUCUUUUCCAGACCUUUAGGCUUGAAUGGAACUUUUCACUGUGAUGAGGUGGGUCCAUUUCUUCUGGUUAAGGGAGAGUCUCUUUAGUACGUACUGUGGUUGCUUUCUUGUCAUAACUCGUAACUCCCCUCCACCCCAAUCCUUCAAAUUUUGCCUUUGUUGCAACAGGAGACACAAGUUAGGAAUAAUCAUCAUCAUAAUUUGGCAUUUAUUUAUAAAUUAUUAUUUAUACCCCGCCCAUCUGGCUGGAAGAAAUUACAGUACUUGGCACAAAUUGCCGGGCAAUGUUCAUAGCCAGGAAGCCAUAACUUCCUAAGACAGAACUCAAUACUGGAAUAUUAGUGCUCCUGGUUAUUCAGUACAGUGGAGGCAGCAGCGAGACCUAUGUAAUGUUGCUUGAAGGUGCACCCCCACUUCUGAUAAGACUCGCAGGUAGUCUUAAUAUGUGUUUUAUGUGUCCUUUUUUGUUUUGCAGAGGGAAAGGAGAAUUGCUUUUUCCAUAGAUGGGGACUUCAUGACAGCAAGGAGUCCCAAACUUCUAGAGGUAUGUCUGUUGCUCUGAACAUAAGAUUUGUGCUUUUAUAUUUUGAGGACUUGUUUUCGCCAGUGUCAUAAAAAAAUGUUCAUUUUCCUUGUUUAUUUAUGGAAGUUUUACUACAAAGUAGUAUCCUUAAAAUGUGUGGAAUCUACAUUUUUAAAAAAGCUCCCAAAUUGAACAUGAUUGCAUGUAGAUUCAACAUCAGUAUUGUAGGUUUAUUUUUCAUUUCUGGUAGUAGUUGCCUGGUGUCCGGUGAUUAAACCUUUUUUUUGCUGUUCACAUCAUGAUUUGCUGUGAUUACUAUUCAUUAAGAUGAGGACACAGGAUUUCAAGUAACAUUUCAGAUUCUUGAACAUUGUAUUUUCUAUAUCUCUAGCUAUCUUUUGAUAUUUACUUAAUUAGAAUUCAUUUUCCUGCUUUCAGGCAUAGAGAAUCUUCCAGGAUAAUCAGGUAAGAUUUAAAGCAUUUGUGAAAAUGGCGAAAUUAAGAGCUAAUACUCAUGAUCCUCUUGUCCAUACAAGUAGAUCUGAGUUGUAGGGGGGCAUCGUUUGUCAUUCUACAAUCCUGUGGUCUAGGGUAGCUGAAAAAAGUACUGCUGUGAUCAUACUGUAUUUGUUUUCCUAUUAAAACAUGGUGUCCAUGUGAACAUGUACUAUUAGGUUUGCUCAGAUGGGUAGAAAAUAUUGUGCAAAUCAGCUCCAGUAAAUAUUCUAGAUUUUGUGCAUAGUUGACACACACAGAAAGUUUUUUAGAUAUGUGCCAUAGCUGUCAACUUACAGAUUUGAAAAUAAGGGACCAGCAGCCUUGAAAAUAAGGGACCAGCGGCCAAAAUAAGGGACAUUCAGCCUCACCUGUUCCAGGGACUCCAGUCUUCCUGUCCUCCUGCAGUCUGGUCAAACUCAUGCUGGUAGCUUCGAGAACACUGUCCAACCAACUUUGUAACCAGAGGUUCAACUGAAUAGAAUCUGAAUCACAUGCACCACAAGGCCUAUGCAGCCUCAACUUAAGAUGGCUCCCCAGCCUGGCUUUGCACUGCAAAGUUUGCAGCAGCACAUGCAACAAAAUACAAGGCAUGCAAGUUCCAUCCCCACCCCCCCAGUCGUUCUUAGACUUAUUGGGUGAGCCUCCCUCCUCCCUGGCCGGCAGGGAGGGAGGGAGAGGAGCUGCUUCCUUUGAAAUUUAAGGGACAUCAUUUAAGGGACAUCCAUCAAUAAGGGACAGCAGCAGGACAUGGCGCUGGAAUAAGGGACUGUCCCUUCAAAUAAGGGACACUUGACAGCUAUGAUAUGUGCAUGUUAUAUAACGUUUGUACCCUGCUCUCAAGUAUUUGGAACUGUGUAUGUAUAGUUCCCAUAUAGCUUUCCCAUAUAAGCAGCUUUAACUUCAGUAGUAGAAUUGCAUAAUGUGCUUUUAUUUAUUCUCCCACCUCCCAGUAUUUUUUAAAAGAUAGAUAGGGGUGUAUCACAGUGAGCAUGCUAGAGAGGGAAGUUCAUUUUUAACGGUUGUGUCCAAAAUUAAGUCCUGAGCUGUUAAAAUUACUAAUUUUACUAAUUAAAUGCCGUUUCCUGUGUGUGUCUUCCUAAGUGUCUUGAGAAAAAUAUGAAUUCCUGCUGGAGUUCUGGGUGGUUUGGCUAUGUGCUGUCUUGAUUUCUGUGAUAUUAUUCACUUGUGUGGAGGAUCGAGUGGAUAAAUGCCCAAGGAAAAAAGGGGAAAUAUCCAGAGAUGGAAAGGUCACAAUUCUGACUAAGGAAGAGUGGCAGAUAAAAUUGAUGAAUUCUGCUGAAAUGGCAAAACUUGCAGGAAGAAUUAGAAACCAGGAAGAGGCUGGUUUUAAUAAAUAAUGGAGAAAGUUUGUAACUUACUUGAAAAAUUAUUGUAAACAAUUACAUUCAUUGGUAGGUUUGACAGAAAAUCUGUAGUAAAAAAUUGAACUAUGGAUUGGCAAAGGAUUUAUAAUAAUAGAGUUACAGAAGAGAUGCAGAGGGGAAAUCAUUAGAUGAGGAUCCACAAAGAGGGGCGGGGAGGGAACUCAAAGGGGAUUUUAUGUUUUUAUUGUGUUUAUUUUUCUUUUGCUUAUUGUAUGUAAAAUUGAAAAUGCAAAAAUAACUUAUAAAAAUAAAAGAAGAGCCUCUCAGGCCCAUGUCUAGAAAGCAUGGGAUGAACAGAAUAAAAUCUGGACCAAAUGGAAAAGGGGAAAUCAUUAUAAAAGUAUAACUUUUGACCAAUCUCUGUAAGACACAUUUUGUAUACUGAUUUUCCUUUUGUAUUGAUAUAAAUAAAUACUUUGACCUUCAAUGAAGUCUUGUGGAUUGAUUUGUAGUUUGUGCCUAGGAAGCAGAACUAGCAUUCUAAACUUUAUUAAAUAAAUUUUAGUAAUAUCCCAGCUGUGGAACUGGCAAAUAUGUUAGAUCAUGUAUUCAAAGUACUUGCAAGAAUCUGAAAUAUGUACGGUUGGGUGGUAUCAAACAAAAUGUCAUUAAAGUGUGGUAUGAUGGUACACAAGGACAUGGGGAACAGAAAAACAAGUACAGAAUUCGUCAGAAUGCAAUGCUUUGCCCAGCUGUGGAUUCUGGAUAUUUUUGGUACUUUCUAUAAAUGUUUAUUUCUUUGUUUAUUAUUUAGCAGAUUUAAAGGCGGCCUGUUCAGAGAGCUUUCCACAUGAUACACAAAUAGUAUUGUAGAUAAAAGGUAGCUAAAAUCCACAAUGUAUAUUGAAAAACAAAUAUACAUAAAACCAUAAUCAGAGUUAGAAUCAUACAAAUAUUUGUAUAACUAAAUUAUAGGACUGAGUAGGCUUGUUGAAACAAUGUUUCAGCAGGGAACUGAACACGUGUGUUGGCCUAAUCUUUGUAAUUCAAGGUAUUUGAAACUCACAUCUGUGUAAGUAAAGAAAUGACUGCUUAUCCACUGAAAAUGGAUUCUGAGUAAAUUUAGUGAUUGGAUAAGAGGGCAAGUCUCACAGAUUGGUAAGCUUUGUGUCUUGUUUGUGGGGUUCCUCUUGGUUACUGUGGGAAAUGGGAUGCUAUACUCAUGAUCAGGUUCAAAAUUGAUGCCAAAGCUCCUAGUAAAUGAGAACACCUUGUGGUGGCUUUUAUAUGAAUCCUGGAGUAGCUAUUUCAGAAGUCUAGCAUGGGAUCCUCUGAACUACCAACAUUUCAUGUAAAUGGAAAAAUGCAAGUGUCACAUGUCUGUUCCUGCUAAAGAUUAUAUAUGCAGCCUUGGGAAAAGGGUAAGAGUGAGACUCCUACGCUAGUCAUGUUUUAACAGAAGUUCAGUGCAACUUAAGUUUACAUUCAUAGGAUUUCAGCCACAAGUGUGUCGAAAUUGUAUCAACAAAAUAAAAUUCCUUCCAGUAGCACCUUAGAGACCCACUAAGUUUGUUAUUGGUAUGAGCUUUCGUGUGCAUGCACACUUCUUCAGAUACACACACGAGGCUUCUUCAGAUACACACACGAGGCAUGCACACGAAAGCUCAUACCAAUAACAAACUUAGUGGGUUUCUAAGGUGCUACUGGAAGGAUUUUUUUUGUUUUGUUUUGACUACAGCAAACCAGCAUGGCUACCUACCUAUAUCUGGAAGUGUAUCAGUGGCAAACUACUUAAAACAAAAAACAACACUAGUCUGCUGUUAAUUAGGCCUGCACACCUGAACACAAACUUUAUAUAUCUGUCAGAAGAGCAGUGUCUCCAACCCCACAUAAAAUGCUGCCUCCUGAAGGAUAACUUAAAUGUGCAAAUUAUGUGCACUGAGUUCAGACUCCAUUGCACACCCUCUGCAGUGUUGGACUGAAGUUCAAACUCCUGGCCAAACCAGUCAGCCUAGUAUAUCAGAUACUGUGAUUCUAAAUAAACAUUAAAGUCCAGGGUCUUUAGCUGUGCCUGGCUGCCUUAACAGUCUGCUUAUGCGGUUCCCUGAGGCACAGACAUUCGAAAGCAGUGUUGGGCUAGGCCUUUGCCCCAUUCAGCAGCGCUCUUCUAAACUAGCUGCAGUGGGGAAGUAAAUGCACUCUGCACAUGUGCAGAGGUUUUGAUAUACAGUGGUACCUCGGGUUACAUACGCUUCAGGUUACAUACGCUUCAGGUUACAGACUCCGCUAACCCAGAAAUAGUACCUUGGGUUAAGAACUUUGCUUCAGGAUGAGAACAGAAAUCAUGCUCCAGCAGGGCGGCAGCAGCGGGAGGCCCCAUUAGCUAAAGUGGUGCUUCAGGUUAAGAACAGUUUCAGGUUAAGAACAGACCUCCGGAACGUAUUAAGUGCGUAACCAGAGGUACCACUGUACAGUACAUCUAUAUAAAACGCCAUGAACACUCCCCAUCACCUAGAGCAAUGGUUCUCAAAGGGUGUGGGAUGAGAGGAUGGCAACUGUAUAGUUUAGCAUAGUAUAAUAUAAUAUACUGUAUAGUAUAAUAUCAAAAUAAUAUUUUUGGAUGUAAAACCAGGAACGGUAUCCACACCUCUCAAGAGCAUUGGCUAUUCUAGAGUUCUCCAUGACAUAGGGUUGUGAGCAGGGAUCUCAACUCAGAAACAUAAGAUAAGAAACGUUGUGAUAAGAGGAAAUGAGUUUGUCUCAAAUUAGACAGAAUAUAAAUGAGAUUACCAGGCAAAAGUGAGCUCACACCUCUUAUGGAGUUUGUAUACAUACUUAACUAUGUAUUUAAGGGGCUCGUUUAUAUUUCGGGAAUGAUUCUUGUUCUUUAUUUUGCUGCAUCGCAGACCCUCCAAGUUCCCCGUUUCCCAGGGACAGUCCCGGAUUUACGGAAGCUGUCACGGUUUCUGAUUCUUCCGGCCUAGCCGACCCCCGGCGCGCGUCCACCGUGGCGGCUUCUCCCCUCAGAGGCGGCGGCGUGGCGAGCGGCCCUUUGCCGGCUUCCUCUUCCUCCCUCCCCCAAGCAGGCCCAGCCCCAGCGGCGGGCGGGUGCCACUUCGUCCCGGAAGCCGGCGGCAUGGAGGCGGUGCUCCGGCUGCCACGUUGAAGCCCGAGCGGCUUGGAGCUUGGGGCCCUGCGGGCGGAGGAGGAGGCCGCAGCCCAGCCUUGACUUUCCUGGCCGAGGGAGACCGGCGAGCAGGUGAGAGGGAGGGCGGUGGCGGCGGGUUGGGGGUCCCAGCCGGCCUUCCCUUUAAACUCGGCCCAGCUCUCGUUUGGCGCCGCAUCCUGGCGACUCGUCUUUCCUAGGAUUGCAGCCAUUAACUUGGCGUUGCGAGGCGGCCGAGAAAGGGGGCGAGGGAUCCACUUCGCCCACCCUCCUCGUUUAUUUUUUAUUUUUUGCAAAAAGCGGGGGCUCCCGGUUUAGGCGUGGUGCUUUUAACAAGAGGCUUCUCCCUCCCCACUUUUUCGGAGAUGCAAAUACAUAAUGGGAUUUCGUCCUGCCUGCAUUUUUAGCACUGCGGCCCUUUUGUUGCAUCGGCUUGGGGGGCGUCUGCAUGAGCACCUUCGCUCCCCCCUCAAGAGAGCAUUGGGUUUUCCAAACCCUCCGGGGAUCGACCCGAGUUUAGCCUUCCCAGGCCUUUCCCCUUUCUUGUUUCUAGGCAUGCACAAGUUUUGGGUUGGAGAAAUAGCAUAUCAGCAAAAUCAUACUGUUGCAUCAAUAUUUUUUUUGCAUUCAUACACCUGAAGGAGAUGCUGCUCCCUUCCCUAGUUCCAUACUUGAAAAUUAGGAUCCUGGCUUCAACAGCUAAGCACGCAUUGAAAUAUUGCAGGCUUUUCCAACUUCCAAGAGACUGCGAUCUACUCCCACUAUAAAAAAACUGGCGGUGAUCAACCCACUUCAUUGACCAAAGUCGUUGAGCUUUUUUUGGGAAGUCAAAGUUUUUUGAGCUUUUAGGGGAAAUCUAAGUUAGGGAAAUCAAAGGGGGUGAAGUGGGAGUUGGCCACCCCUGAAAUAUUGCAUAAAGUGCCUUCUUCUACAGCUAGUGUACCAUGACAAAGACCUUCAGAUUUAAGUUUUAGCCUAUUCUCCGAUUGUCUUGAAAUACAUACUGGAAGCUGUAGAGUCAGUUGAUUAUUGUGUUUAAAAUCUCUCAGCGAUCUUGAGCGUGUCACUGAUAUUUUCUACUCAGAAGAGUUUUCCUCCCGUUUGUACACAAAGUGGCACUUUUAUUUUGGACCACUUAAUUUAGAAUAUCUACCACCCUUGGAGGGCACACCAAAGAUAAGGCUAAUGAUCAAAUGGCAAAAUGUUAAUUGCUACCUGCAGUGAAUUUUGGAAAGUUGUUUUUCUGUAUGAGUUUGGACAUCUUUUAUGAUACAGUAUUGUAAUCAAAUUUUGCACAGUGGUUCCUGGGUCAAGCAGCAUGUUCUCAUCUAUGUUUGGAUACGGUAGGAUACCAUUUUGAAUCAAGCUGCAGUUUUUUGGAUAUGAGGCUGCUAGUAAUAUCACAGAUAUACACACAUUUCAGUGUUAAGUUGUUGAAUGGCAGACCGUAAUGUAUGUUAAUACAAAAAUUAGGAGUCUUGUUAGUUUUGGAUUAAUUACCAUGGAACAACAAGAGUGUAAUCUUGCGUAUGUGCCAUUGAUUUUGUAUUUGCAGUUGGUAGCAAGAGGGUUUGCAUGCAGACUUGUAUAUUCUUAGGAAACAUCUGCUUCUUAACCAUGGUGGCUUAUCAGUGAUCUUCAACUGGUAAAUUGGGAUCCAGUACUGAGUUGCAAGCCUGAGCUAAGUUGGGUCACAACAGCAGUGUUACUGCCAUACAAAUAGAUGAUUAAAAAUUAACAAAUGGGUUCCCAAAUGCAUGUUUGGAUUAAAGGCAGGUUCCAAGUCUGCAAAGUUUGAAGACUACAGAUUUCAAGAGAUACCAGUAACCUUGGGUCCCCUUUUCCUAUUAAUCUCUCUUAAUGAGAGGCAGCACUUCCUUUGGUGCUGUGCUAGUAUCAAAGGUUACAGUGCCAAGUAAUAGCUUUCUUUGUAGCUGGACACCGUGGAAGGUUGUAAACUCCUUUGUAUCUCUAGGACUAGCAGGAGACAAGGCUGCAGUGAUACUUUGAAAGUUCAGUAAUGGAAAUAUCUCUCCAGUACUGUAUUAUUUUUCUGAAUUCUUUGGAGGACUUGCAAUUUGUCCAGCACUAAGCGGACAAAAGUAAUAUUUUAUUUAUUUAUUUAUUGUUUUUAUACACAAUCCUUCCUCCAAGAAUCUCAAGGUAGUGGGCAUGGUUCUUGACUUCCCCACUGUAUUUUAACAACAAGCCUGUGAGGUAGUUUAGGCUGCUCACCCAGUGAGCUUCAUGACUGAAUGGAGAUUUGAACCCUGGCCUGUCAUAAUCUAACACCCAAAUAAAGGCAGCAUACUGGCUGUCCAUGCACAAGUUGAAGAAGAAGUGGGCAUGUGCAGAAUUAGGAACAGUCACUAUUAAAGAAAAGUGAAUAUUUAAGAUGCUAUGGUCGCUUCCAAAUGAUAUUUCUUUAUUGGCUCCAGAUCAACUUCCAUUUUCAUUGUAUAGACUACUGCUGCAGCUCACACCUAGAUUCCUAUUGCAUGAUUUGUUGAAAAUUCUCCAUUUCAGGAAGUGUGACUUUAUUUAUUUAUUUAUUUUUAUAAGAUAUUUAUUGACGUUUUCAAGCUAUUACAAAACACACACACAAAAAAGAAAAUACAAAGUAAAAAUAUUUAAAAACAAUUCAUUCCUUCCAUUACUUAACCUUCAUUUGCUUAGUUCCAGGACCUCCUCACACCUCCCUUUUUUGUAUUCCAGUUCAAUUAUUUCGUUCAGCAAAUCCCUCCCCUCUUUAUAUAUCCUAAUCAUUAAUCAUAAAGUAUUGUAAUUUUGGAUUUUUACAUAUUAAUAAUCCAUUUUUUCAUAUUCCUUGUAACCUUUCAGCUAGAGUUCACUUAGUUUCUAUCCGACAUUAUUCUAGCAUUCAUUAAUUUUACAAUAUUUCUGUAGAUAGUCUUUAAACUUUUUCCAAUCUUCCUCCAUCGACUCUUCUCCCUGGUCUCGGAUUCUGCCAGUCAUUUCCGCCAAUUCCAUAUAGUCCAUCACCUUCAUCUGCCAUUCUUCCAAGGUGGGUAGAUCUUGUGUCUUCCAAUACUUUGCAAUGAGUAUUCUUGCUGCUGUUGUGGCAUACAUAAAGAAAGUUCUGUCCCUCUUUGGCACCAAUUGGCCGACUAUGCCCAAGAGAAAGGCCUCUGGUUUCUUCAAGAAGGUAUAUUUAAAUACCUUUUUCAAUUCAUUAUAUAUCAUCUCCCAGAAAGCCUUAAUCUUUGGGCACGUCCACCAAAGGUGAAAGAAAGUACCUUCAUUCUCUUUACAUUUCCAACAUUUAUUAUCGGGCGCAUGGUAAAUUUUUGCAAGCUUGACUGGUGUCAUGUACCACCUGUAUAUCAUUUUCAUAAUAUUCUCUCUUAGGGCAUUACAUGCCGUAAAUUUCAUGCCUGUGGUCCACAACUGUUCCCAGUCAGCCAUCAUAAUGUUAUAUCCUAGAUCUUGUGCCCAUUUAAUCAUAGCAGAUUUCACGGUUUCAUCCUGAGUAUUCCAUUUCAACAACAAGUUAUACAUUCAUUUCAGGAAGUGUGACUUUAAAAGCUGUACGGUACUUAAAAUGAAGAAGUGGUGUGGUUAGCUGUUGCAGGAUUGGUACCAGAGAACACAUACAAUAUACACAUAGCAACAUAUUGUAUUGCCUCAACUUUUCUUAGUGUAAGAGUGCACAGGAUUUUGAUAGAUUACACACAACAUGUAAGAUGUUGAAACCAGCAGAAGUAGAGCAAUGUCAGAAACACAGAUAUAUAAGACAGUGCUACAAUUCUACAAUUCUAUGAUCUCAACUACAUUGCUUGACUUUUAGCUUGCUCUUACAACAGUUCACUUGUCCCUUUGUGCAAGAAGGAGAAAUUCAUACAAUGGAAAUGGAAUUAACUAUGGACUGAGACAGAGGUUUUUAAACUGGCUCGAUGGAGAUGUCAGUUGCCAACUUUGUACCCAGGGAAUAUCUAACACUGAGCGAGAGAUUAGCCUGUGUUGUUUUUUAAAGAACAAUAACAGAGAACAGCGUUGGUACACAGUAUUGAAAAGGCACUGGUAGUGAAAAGCAAGGGAAAAUAAACAGUUUGUUCACUAGGUACCAAGAAGACCACAACAUGGGUACUAGAUGAGAUUCUGUGGUUAGAGCAUUCCACAGUUGGGGUACAGUCACUUCAGUUUCCUUGCUAUGGAAAAAGGCUGUUGCUGAGACUACAUUUACACAAGACAUAGUUUUUAAAAUAUUAAUCCUUUCCUUCAAUGCUGUGCUCCUAUAAGAAUUAUAGGGUUUCUGGUUAGGAGACAGCAAAAAGGAGUAGGGAGACUCAGCAUUGAUGAUAUCAGUUUGAGCAGUUGGCAAAUAAUCCUCGAAAGUACUUUCUGAGAGAUGCUUAUCUGAAAGUUUUGCGGUACUUUCUGUUUUACACUUUCUUCUUUUAGCUUGUUUCUAGUUCUAAUUAAAGCUUUUGUGGCAUGAUCACAUAGUUCCAGUUUAAGGUUUUAGUUAAAGCGUUUUAAGAGGAAGCUGUGGUUGGAACAAAAUUCUGGGCAGUUGGCCAUCGGAGUGAGGGCCACGUUGUCCUUUUCGCUGGCACUUAGGUGGAGGUCUGGAGGUAGAAUUUUGGAUAACGGUAUUCCAGAACUUGAUUGCAGUUUCUUCUUAUAAAUGAGUGCAUGCCAGCAUUCUAUAGAAUCAUAGUGUUGAAAGGGACCACGAGGGUCAUCUUAAUCCAACCCCCUUCGGUGCAGAAAUCUCAACUAAAGCAUCCAUCUCUGGUUGUCACCCAACCUCUGCUUAAAAACCUCCAGCUAAGGGAGAGUUCACAACCUCCCAAGGGAGUCUGUUCCACUAUCAAACAGCUCUUAACUCUCAGAAGGUUCUUCCUGAAGUUUAAGUCAAAAUCCCCUUUCUCAUACAGGUGUCUCCCCGCUUAUGCAGGGGUUACGUUCACAGAACAGGUUACAUUAACAAAAACCUUUAUUUACAGUGUUUUAGUGCUCAUUUGAUGUUGCAUUGUGUCACCUGGCACGGCCACCAGAAGGAAUGUGCAAGCUCUUGCCUCUGCCUUUGCUUAACUACAGUUUAGCAUUCUAUCUGAAGCUUGUUGUUGUUGUUUAGUCGUUUAGUCGUGUCCGACUCUUCGUGACCCCAUGGACCAGAGCACGCCAGGCACUCCUGUCUUCCACUGCCUCCCGCAGUUUGGUCAGACUCAUGUUUGUAGCUUCGAGAACACUGUCCAACCAUCUCGUCCUCUGUCGUCCCCUUCUUCUUGUGCCCUCCAUCUUUCCCAACAUCAGGGUAUUUUCUAGGGAGUCUUCUCUUCUCAUGAGGUGGCCAAAGUACUGGAGCCUCAGCUUCAGGAUCUGUCCUUCCAGUGAGCACUCAGGGCUGAUUUCCUUCAGAAUGGAUACGUUUGAUCUUCUUGCAGUCCAUAGGACUCUCAAGAGUCUCCUCCAGCACCAUAGUUCAAAAGCAUCAAUUCUUCGGCGAUCAGCCUUCUAUCUGAACCUUAAACUGUGGUUAAUGUUAACUAUGGUUUUUGAAACAAGCUAGCUUCAUAAACCAUGGUUUCUACUCAACUGGUUUCAAAGAAGCCAUAACCAACCACAAUUUGUUUGGCAGCUCGCUGCUAAUCAAAAACGAAUAGGAAAACGUCACUGUCAGUUUCAUAUAUAGAGCUUCAGAGCCACAUGCCCUGUUGGUAUUGAGCCAUGCAAGAAUUUCUGGUUUUGAAUGAAGCUGUUUAUGAGGAGGACAGCAAAGAAAUAUCAUUCAUACCAGAGUGCCAUGUGAGGAUUAGGUGUGUUUGUUUAUUUAUGAGCUGCGUUAUAGCCUUCAGUUUAGACAGUUUUCUCAGUCUUUGCUUACUCCAGACCCAACUUGACUUCGGGCCAGAGCAGUUGAAACAGAAUAUGAACUCUCUGGGAAGAGCAUUCCACAAGCGAGGAGCCACAGCUGUGGUCUACUGAUUUAAACUCAUCUAGGAUUUCUUUUCUUAACACAGUCAUACCUUGUGUUAUGUUUGCUUCACGUUGCGGCUUUUCAGGUUACGAACACGGCAAACCCGGAAGUGUUUACUUCCGGGUCUACCAUACGCGCAGAAGUGAUCUGCAUGCAUGCACAGAAGCGAUCUGUGUGCUUUGCGCAUGCGCAGAAACAAUCUAUUGUGCAUGCGCUGUAGCAGCGCUCUACUUACAGACUUUUCAGGGUGCGAACGGCACCCCAAAACAGAUCACGUUCGUAACUAGAGGUACCACUGUAUUGGUAAAUAUUCUGAAGACUACUUUGACGCAAACGUGGACCUUAUUUUUUAUUCUUCCAAUCAGAAGGAUUUAAAUAUUGCCUCCUCUGAACAGUUUUGGGUUAAGAGCGGAGUGUGUGAAGUCUUCAUUUUUGUCCAGUUUCUCACCUUCUCCUGUAGUGAUGCUGUCUGUGUAUUGUACUCUCUCAGCAGGAUGAAGCUAAAAGAGAUAGACCGUACUGCCAUGCAGGCAUGGAGUCCAUCUCACCAUCACCCCAUCUACUUGGCUACUGGUGAGUUAUUAUUUCAUUGCAAUGUGAAAAUAUCAUGUGUUGGAUCCAGAGGUCCCAUGAGCAGAAUUCUCCUCUGCAAGUGGUAGGACUCCUGCCCUUUAUGGCUAGGGGCACUCUAGAGUAAGCCUUUCGGCUUCAGUUGAAGCUCCCAGCUGAGGAAAAUCUCAGUCACCUGGUCAUUUAGAAAUCUGAUACUAGCAUGCUUACAUCUGAAAUAUUAAUUCAGAUGUCUGCAGACAUGGCACUUUAGUUCUGAUUCCAGCCACUUAGGGAUUUUGAGCGCUUUUUGAGCCCUCAUUAAAAUAUUGCUCUUUUGAAUGCUGAAAGAUGGUGAGAAUAGCAUGCAGAAAAAAAUAAAAAUCACAUCCCAAAGAAGAAAAGGUUUACCUGUAAAUCAAAGCCCUUGCCUGUAUUUGUUUGGGGCUUUUGUUCUGGCUUUUUAAAGUUGUUGUAGUUGUUACUUAUUAGACUUGUUAAUUGGAGACCAAAGGUCUCCAAAUAACAACACUUAGCUUGAACUUGCGCUAAAUGUGAAUUUGAGAUUUGCUUUGCUGGAUGAGACCAACAUCCAUCUGUGUUCAUCUUCUCAACAGCAGCUGGUAUCUCUGUGUAUUCAUAAGCUCAUCAUGAAGGCAACAGCCUUAGUCUCUAGUUUAGCACUAGCAGAUGGUAUUUAGAGGUACAUUGCCUCUGUACAUUUCAAAUCCAGUUAUCUUUCAUAGCUAUUGAAUCAGACUCCUAGAUAUGUAAACCUGUUUAGUUCAUUGAACCGUGUUCUAUGUGGCUCAAACCCAGUUAAGUGUGCCCAGGAUUGCAGGCUUAAUAGAGUCAGUGGGCUUGUGCAGGGCUUCAGCACCACACUAUACAGUGGUGCACUAAAAUCCUUUCUUUUCCCUGGCAAUUCCCAGCGUUAUUAAGGGCAAGAGAAAUUCCACAACUGGUGUAUAAAAAGGGAGGUUUUGUAAUGUCACAAACAGCAAAAAGAUUCAAAAUCUGAUGAGGAUGUGUUUGCGUGUUUUAAAAAUAGUUUUUUAAAAACAGUAUUCAGUUUUAUCUCUUCCCUUAAGUGUGCCAAGGUUGUUUUGGGCUUCCCAAGUGUUAUGUUUACAGUACAUCAGUAGUAAGGCAUUCCACAUGUCUCUGCAGGUACAUCUGCUCAGCAGUUAGAUGCAAGCUUCAGUACCAGUGCUUCCCUGGAAAUAUUUGAACUUGACCUGACUGACCCAUCGCUGGAUAUGAAGUCCUGUGCUACUUUCUCAUCCACUCAUAGGUAUGUGCAGACUUUAAAAACUGUCUAUCUGCUUAUGUAAAUGAAAAGCUCAGGAUGUGAGCAUUAGCAAUCAAAGGGGCACAGCUUUUAAGAUCUGGAGGUUUUUUUUCUCCUGAUAGUUUAUGCCAUGAUAAACCAGCUCUCGCCAAACUGGUGCCCUCUAAAUGUUUUGGACUGCGGUUCCCAUCAGUCUCUCCUGUCCAAGUUUGUUAGUGGCUUUACAUCCAGCCCCAAGGUCCUUUGCCCACUAGAAAGCACACAGCUUCAUUGUCAUGCCACUGUGCAUUUGGACAUAACUCAGCAAUGGCUGACUCUCCAUGCUGCUGCAGCAGAGAGAGCCCUACACAGAGCUGGGCCUUACUGUCCUUGCUGUGUCUCCUGUACUUGCUGGUCCCUGGAGGUGAGAGGGAGCAAGAAGAUGUUAGCGAAAGCAACAUGCUUAGGCGUAUUAACAGUUGGGUCAGGAGUAGCUUGACUGUACUGCUCUGGCUGGCUCUGCCCUCUCUCUCAGCUCCCUGGCUUCCUAAGCACAGAGGCCACAACAGGGUUCAUAUCAAUUUCUGGAUUCAAACCCCCUUUGGCUGUAGUCUUUCAAGACCUGGAGGGCCAAUUUCCUUAUUCCUGGGCUGUAGAUCCUAUGUUCCUAUGAUGUGCCAAGGCUCCUGGCCCCGCAGAAAAGCCCUGAAUGGUGGCCUUUAUUUGUAAAGGUGGCCAUGAAUUCCUUCCUUGCUGCUAUUGCAUUUCCUUCUCCUAGAACUACAAUUGUCCUGAGUGUAUGUUCAGCUAAUGGGAAUAAUUCUACCUGUUUACUGCUUCAGCAGCACUUGUGCUGAGCUAAUAAUGGCUGCUUCUCAGGACAAAGUGGCUUGGGUGGUGUCCAUAGAUGCAAAAGACUAUGCUCCUCCUCCUGUUGAUUUUGAACAGAGUCCAUGAAUCUUUCAUGGCUGAUUUAAUGUCGUUGGAGGUGUCUGGCUUGGUUACUUAAGACCGUUUUAUUGAAUUACUUUGCACUGAAUACAAAGUGCUGGGCUUGAGGGGUCUUUGGCCUGAUCCAGCAGACCUCUUCUCACGUUCUUACAUCGUUUUGCAGGUAUCACAAACUGAUAUGGGGUCCUCACAGAAUGGCAUCUGAUGGGGAUCUUUCGGGGGUACUCAUUGCCGGCGGCGAAAACGGAAACAUCAUUUUGUAUGACCCAGCUAAAAUAUUGGCAGGUGAAGAGGAAGUUGUGAUUGCGCAGAAAGACAAGCACACGGGGCCUGUUAGAGCUCUGGAUGUCAACCUCUUCCAGGUUAGAUCUUUCUUUCUGCACAUUAAUCAUAGUGCCUAAUAUAGCAGCACUUGAGAUGAUAUUCAGUCCUUAUUGCAUGGACCUGAUUGUGUGUUCUCCGUUUUAUAGACAAACCUAGUUGCCUCUGGUGCAAAUGAGUCUGAGAUCUACAUAUGGGACUUGAACAAUUUUGCAACGCCUAUGACUCCAGGAGCCAAGACUCAGGUACAAGACACAUAUUUUGUCCAGGUCUUAAAUCCAUUUGAUUGGUUGGUGAGAGAAUGAGGCAAUUGUCAUCUUACAAUCUGUUUAUCAUAUGGGAUGUGGAGCCUGUGGUCCCCCAGGCAUCCUCAAACUCAAACUUCCAUCAGCCCCUGCUAGUGGGGCCAAUGGUCAAGUGAUGGAGAUUGGAUGUCCAGUUACAUUUGGAGAUUUACAGGUUCUCAUCCCCUACUUAAGAUACUUUUGGUGGAAGGGAGCAUUUAGAAUCCUGUAAAGCUUUUUGAGAAACCUGUAAUUGUGUGAUGAUACAUCCUUCUGAAAAGUGCUUGGAGAUUGUAGAGAUGAACGGAUUAACCAUGAAACUUAGGGUAGCUGACUGCUUUAUUGAGUAAAUGACAGGCUAAAAUUAUUACUGAUUGAUGUGUGUGUAAACUUGAGUUGAGCCUCAGGUACAACUCAUUUAAAGUGAGAACUAAGGAUAAUAGGUUAAACUAGUGUUUCCCAGCCUUGGGUCUCCAGGUGUUUUUGGGACUACAACUACCAUCAUCCCUGACCGCUGGUCUUGCUAGCUAGGGAUGAUGGGAGUUGUAGUCCAAAAACAGCUGGAGACCCAAGGUUGGGUAACUGCUUUUAUUAUCAUUUUCAAUGGAGGUCUGCCAAGUUUUUGAAGAGCUUAAUAAUAAGAAAGGUCUGCCAGACAUUGCGUAUUUUAGUGAUGUAGAAUGAGAAACUGAUGAUGGGUUCUGUUUCCAACAGCCUCCUGAAGACAUAAGCUGCAUUGCUUGGAACAGGCAAGUCCAGCAUAUCUUGGCUUCUGCAAGCCCUAGUGGCCGUGCUACAGUGUGGGAUCUCAGGAAGAAUGAACCUAUCAUCAAAGUCAGCGACCACAGUAACCGGGUAACCAUUCAGCCAGUUUGUUGUAGGCACUCACGCUAGUCGAUUAUUUGUUAAGGCUGGUUGAAAAUUUCCUUCUGAGGUGUGGGCAUCUGUCUUCCUUCCCCAUGUUCGUAGAGGAAGUGUAGGGAGCCUUGGGCCCAGAGGCUACAUGUGGCCCCCAAGCCUCUCUACCUGGCCUUUGGGGGUUUCUCCAGGCCACAGCUGCUGCCCUGCCCCAGGCUCUGCUUCUUCUGAGUGUUUCUGCCUUGAUUAAAUUUGUCCUGGAACUCCUACAGUGCCUCUUGCUUGUCUGAAUGGAGGAUAGAGUGUAUCAAAACUAGCUAAAGGUAAAGGCAAAGAGACCCCUGACCAUUAGGUCCAGUCGUGACCGACUCUGGGGUUGCGGCGCUCAUCUCGCUUUAUUGGCCAAGGGAGCCGGCGUACAGCUUCCAGGUCAUGUGGCCAGCAUGUCUAAGCUGCUUCUGGCAAACCAGAGCAGCGCACGGAAACGCCGUUUACCUUCCCGCUGGAGUGGUACCUAUUUAUCUACUUGCACUUUGAUGUGCUUUCGAACUGCUAGGCUGGCAGGAGCAGGGACCGAGAAACGGGAGCUCACCCCGUUGCGGGGAUUCGAACCGCCGACCUUCUGAUCGGCAAGUCCUAGGCUCUGUGGUUUAACUCACAGCGCCACCCGCGUCCCUAAGUAUAUCAAAACUAGCUUAGUGCCCUGUUAAAUUUCAGAUUGCUUGCCCCCACCCACUUCUGCCUCUGGAACCUCCCACCACUGGCAUGUCUUUCCCCCUUCCCCCUUCCCAGGUUGCUCAGAAAAUAAUGAGCUGCAAAAAAGAUUCCUCUCACCUGACAUAGAGUAACAAAAUGGAAAUGGUUUUAUCGUUGUAUGCUCCCCUUGGGAGGAGUAACCCUGAAGGCCAGCCCAAAAAGAUUGAAAACGAUAAAAGUUAAUGAAGUGCUCUACUUGUUGUGAGCAUUGCACAAUCUUUUUGCUCCCCCACCUUUCGUACAGGGAAAAAUCCUGUAAAUUGUGCCUAUACACAUGUGGCAGAGAGUGUGAAUUGUCUGUGUUUUCUUACAUGCAUGGAGAGGGGGUGUGCAUGCCUGUUCUCUCCAUCUUUGGCCUGUUCAGGUUGUGAGCUGGCCCAUUCAUAAAUACAGUAUGGAUGAGUCGCAGGUCCUGCUUGCAGGUCUCCCAAAGGGAUCUGCUUGGCUCCAGUGAGAACAGGAUGCUGGACUAGAUGGGCCAUUGGCUGUACUUGCAAAAUUAGGGUAAAGGGAAGUAGGACCCACUGCAAAAUGUUGCAAUGCAUCCUGUGCUAAUACAGGGACAUGAGCGUGCUUGUAUGGUAUGUCUGCAUCUGGAUUGGGAGCGACCAACCACAUGGGCAAAAGCUUUUACAUGUGCCCAGCCCAGUGCAGAGGCAGAGGUAAGCAGCACUGGCAGAGAGCUGUCAAAGGAGGUCUUGGAUAGAAGGCAGCGGUCUGGUUUCUUUUAAGCCUGCUUGAUCUUUCUACUGAGAGCACUGGUUGUACAAUUUCAGAUGCACUGCUCAGGGCUGGCCUGGCAUCCUGAUGUCGCUACACAAAUGGUUCUGGCUUCGGAAGACGACAGGCUGCCUGUAAUCCAGAUGUGGGACCUCCGAUUUGCAUCUUCUCCGCUUCGUGUUCUAGAAAGCCAUGCAAGGUAUAUUCAUAUCUUUGGUCUCUUGCAGAUCUGACUGGCUGGGUGGUUGGCAGACGUUGAAAAUGCUAACAGCAUCCUCCUUCAUUGCUAGCAGCAGUUUGCUAUGUGGAUUAAUAAUGUCCCCACAAAAACAGACCACUUAGCAAAAACGAUUGAAUACUUACGCAUUGCUAAAUCAACAGGGAGAGUAAGAGGAAACACCUUACAAAAAGAUAAUAAGGAAUGGACUAUCUUUAAAGAAUCUCUUAAAAACUAUGUGGAGAAGGUAGAUCCCCUGACAGACAGUGAAUGAAUCUAGAAAUAAAGAGAAUAUAAUGAACUUAGCUUGGAAAAUAUUUGGAAGAAUCGAACAUCCAAAAUGAAAUGUGUGCAGAUUAAAUAAAUGUAAACUAGCACGAUGAGAAUGGUUGGAGGUCAAUUCAUGGUAGGUGUGUUCAUGUUGGGUAUGUAUAUAUGUAAUGUAUGUUUUGUAGAUAUGUAUGUUUUGUAUUGUUUGAUAUAUGUAUUGUAUUGCAUGUUUAUAGAUUCCGAUGUACAAUAAAUGUAUUUAAAUAUUUUCUAAAAAACAAAAAAAAAACUGCAGGUAUUUCAGAGUUUGUUUUCAACUUUUACAAAGGCUUCAUUGGUUGCAACUUCUUUCACAGGGGCAUUUUGACAAUAGCUUGGAGUAUGGCGGAUCCCGAACUGUUGCUGAGCUGUGGAAAGGAUGCUAAAAUUCUUUGCUCCAAUCCAAACACAGGAGAGGUACUGAUUGAACACUUGCUUGCAAGCUGUUGAAAUGGAGAGACAUUUCUUGUUUGGGUAUUGCAAAAAGAGUGCACAAACUUUGCACUCGGAGCAGCAGAACGAGGCAGGAUUAGCUUUCGUCUCCAAACUAGCUUUCUGGAUGUGGCUGGGUGGUCCUUCUUAAGCCGUUUAGGUCUCUGCCAUUUUUAUUGUAAUAUGUUUGGUUUUGGAUACAGGUGUUGUAUGAGCUUCCGACCAGCACCCAGUGGUGCUUCGACGUCCAGUGGUGUCCCAGGAACCCUGCUCUUCUCUCUGCUGCUUCUUUUGAUGGGAGGAUCAGCGUUUACUCGAUCAUGGGGGGAAGCACUGACAGCCUGCGACAGAAGCAAGCAGACAAGGUAUUUAAAACAAAACACUGCGUAUCAAAUUGACGGAAGACAGAUGUUUGCAAUGCAUGAUGAAAUACUUCUUAAAAAUUGCUUUGACUGUCAAAAGUUACUGUUGGAAUGUCUGUACACAAGCCGUGACUGUUAUCCUGAGAGGAGUCCUAUUUGUAGGGUUAAAGAGAGAGAGAAAAUCGUUUGGUGGCACCUUGGAGCUAACUUUUUAGAAGGUUUUUAUUAUAAAAUGGUGGGGUGUUGUAUGUUGCUAUGAAGCUGUGCAUCCUGCUUGCCAAAGAGAACGAUCAUGUUCUUUUUUGUAUGGACAGAUGAGAUAUUGACAGGAACUGUUUGCAGCUCAGAUGGGCUCCUAAUCCACCCCUGGAACAUACAAACAAAUUAAACUCCAAAAAGCAAACCCAAGAAUUGAUAACUGGUUGGGUAAACAGGAGUGGUGAUAAUGCGCAUGAGUUUUAGACCCAUCUGUCUUUCUCUUUCUCUCUCUCCUUUUCGAAAGCUGUCGUCCUCCUUUGGUAAUCUUGAUCCAUUUGGAACAGGGCAGCCACUUCCUCCAUUGCAGCUCCCACAGCAGUCCACUCCACAGAGCAGAAUCCUGCCCUUGAAGAAGCCACCCAAGUGGAUUCGCCGACCUGUUGGUGCAUCUUUUUCAGUAAGUGGAAUCCUAAUUGCACUCUAAUGGGGUGGGCUGUUUAACCCUUCUGCUGAGUUGCCUGUUCUAUGAAUGUGUUGUUCUGCUCCUUUGUGAAGUUUAAAAUCGAGGAUAUGCGGUAUAUCACGUUCCCCUUGUGAUGAAGUAAUCACACAACUGGCACUCGGUAUAAUGUGUCUGUGGUGUUAAGCCCCAUUCAAAAUACUGCCGUGAAAUUAGAUCUUCAGCUGACAGAGUGUGAUAGAUUUGCUAGGGACAAACAAUUAUAGGUAGAGCGUCUGCUUUCAUCUGUCUCUUGAUUCAGAAAAAGCUCACCACUGGUGAGGUGUUGUUACUUCUUUUAUUAUUAGUUCUACAUCUUUUAUGAGAAUGGGGUAAAUAUAUUGAUUAACUAAGCCCCAAAAUAUGUCACUUAAUUCCUAUACUUUCUCAUGGUGGAGAGUUUGUGUGUGUGUGUUUUUAAGCUAUGUACUCAAAAUUGUGACAUGGCUCCAAUGGACAGUCCUCUGCUUUCCCUCCCCUAGUUAAGAGACUAGGAGCCCCUUAUAGGUGUGUGCCCUUUUUCCCAUGCAAACUCUGCCCAUUUCAGCAACAAAUAAGGGGUGGGGAAUCUUAGGUCCAGGGCCCAAAUGUGACCCUUCAGGCUUCUCCGCCUGCUCCUCCAAAUUCUUCCCAGGAAACACCUUUCACCAAUCCUGCUUUCCAUCCUCCUUUUUACCUAGGUAGAAUGUGUCCUUGAAUUUUGGUCAUGCCUCUUGUCUGGAUUGAGGACAAGGAGAGGUACAUGUAGAAACCAGGUACAACUUGUACCUGUUGCUCUGCCUACGAGGACCUUCUGGCGGUUCCCUCACUGCGAGAAGCCAAGUUACAGGGAACCAGGCAGAGGGCCUUCUCGGUAGUGGCACCUGCCCUGUGGAACGCCCCCCCCCCCACCAGAUGUCAAAGAGAACAACAACUACCAGACUUUUAGAAGACAUCUGAAGGCAGCCCUGUUUAGGGAAGCUUUUAAUAUUUGAUGUAUUACGGUAUUUUAAUAUUUUUUUGGAAGCCACCCAGAGUGGUGGGGAAGACAAGAUAAAUAAUAUAUUAUUAUUAUUAUUACCUUAGGCUCAGUCUACCACAGGGUAUGUGGCCCCUGGAUUCUUUCCCUUGAGCCAAAAGUGGCUCCCCAUCCCUGGCACAGCAUCUUCACAAAUCUACACUGCAACGUUAGUUUGCAACUCACCCACCCCUCUCAAACUUCUGCUUUAAAGCAAACCUCAGAUCUUCAGAACCUUCUUUUCUUUUGAGCGUGCAUAUUAAAACUAAGCAUGGAUCUUGAUGGUAAUGGAUUUGAAACUCUUCCCUAAACCGUAUCUGCGCUGCCUUUGAAUUCCAGUUUGGCGGAAAGCUAGUUACCUUUGAGAACAGCAAGCCCCAGCAGCAAGGAGCAGAGCAUCCUCAGCAUCACUACCACGUCUACGUCAGCCAAGUUGUCACUGAAAAGGAAUUCCUGAGCCGCUCCGAUCAGCUGCAGGAGGCUGUGCAGGCAGAAGCGUUUGUCAACUAUUGCCAGAAGAAAAUCGAUGCUGCCAAGAAUGACUUUGAGAGGAACGUGUGGUCUUUCUUAAAGGUAAUCUUAGAUUUUGACUGUGCAUUAGUAGCUCCCGGUCACCUUAAAAACCAAUUUGCUAGAAAUGACCACAAACUUGGAUGCCUUUAAAAGAGGACUAGACAAAUUUGUGCACGAUAAGGCUAUCAGUGGCUACAAGCCAAAAUGGCUAUGUUCCACCUCUACUGUCACAGGUGGUGUGCCUCUGAAUCUCAAGUAGAUCUCGACGAAAGAAGAAUGGAGGAUGAAAUUAAUGGACUAUGCAGAACUAGAUAAACCAACAGGAAGGGUUAGAAAACUGCGGGACCAGAAAUUUGCAGAAGACUGGUGUAAAUUUACAGAUUAUUUGAAAAGUAAUUGUGAUGAUCAGACUACGUUUGUAGGUUUGCAAGAAGUUUUGUGAGGUGAAUUAUUGGAACUAUUGCAAAAAUGGAUAAAAGGGAGGAUGGUUAGUUAAGAUAAUUAAAGGCAAUAUGAAUUUAAGAAAUGCGUAAGAAGUGGUUAAAAUGGUGGAUCAUCAGAGGUGCUGAUGGAAGUCCAAAAAAAAAAAGAUUGUAUAAGUGGUGAGGUUUUGUGGUAUGUAUUAUAAUUUAUAUGUUAAAAUUAAUAAAAAUUAUUAUAUAUAAAAAAAGAAUCUCAAGUAGAGGGCGUGCUGUUGCACUCAGGUCCUGCUUCUGGGCUUCUGGUUGGCCACUGUGAGAAGAGGAUGCUGGAUCAGAUGCUGGCCUUUGGCCUGAUCCGGCAGAGCUGUUCUUCUGCCAUGUUUUUGCUUGGCAACACCGUCCAUGGUGAGAGAUGAUGGGAGUUGUAGUCCACCCACAUCUGGAAGGCACAAUGUUGGCUCUCCCUGCUUUUUAGCUUGGACUGCCAUCAAAACGCACAAUUCUUGGUACCUCUCUGCUUAAUGCUCCAUUGCAGUCCUUCCUCCUUGCAGAGAUACAAGGGGCGUCAGGGUUUCGUUAGCAUCUUGCUGCAAAUUCACCAGGUUUGCUUUGCGACUGUUAAUUGUACAGAAUGGGAGGUGCAGGAUGGAAGACAUUGGGGGAAAGGGAAUAAAAAUGAAAUCUCCGUUUUCUACAACGCUUCCUUUUUCCUAACAUUUUUUUUUAAAAGGUGCAUUUCGAAGAGGAUUCACGUGGCAAAUGCUUGGAACUCCUGGGCUUCAGGAAAGAUGACCUACGGAAAAAGGUAAAUGCUAAUGCUAAUAAUAAUAAUAAUAAUAUUUGUACACUACCCCAGGCACAAUGUUUUUUUAUGAAGCUGUUGGCAUGGUCAGUCAUCAGUAAUUCUGUGUAUAGAACUGAAUGGCUGGCAUCUCAUUGGCUUUUAAUGGAAUUUGUUUAUUGUGUUGAUAUUUAUGUGUUGUAAACAACCUUGGGGUUUUUAAUGUAGGGUAUUGCUUUUUAAAAAAUUAAAUAGAAAUGAACUAAAAGGUUUUCAUUAUACAGACUUGAUUGAGUCUCGAAUGUACCUUAAUACCCUGCUCCUUCAUAUCAUUUGCUUUCUCUUGACAAGUAAAGGCCAGAUUGACACACUAAAUAGAAAUAGCCUUUAAAAAUAUGUGUGCCAAUCUUUGAAACAGCUCUUUUAAAUACAAGGUUGACAUGUGAUAGAAUAGGUCCUUCAAUAAGCAGAGGAAAGUGUUGCAGAAAAAAAGAGUUGGCAGUUGGGAGCAUUGAAGGUUUCAGGGGUUCCAUUCCAAGAUAAUCCAUAAUUCUUUUUCCUUCCCUUCAGAUUUCUUUAGCUCUCCAUAAAGAGAGUCUUCAUGGUAGAGAACCAGAUGAGGUAAGGAAACAAAUGCAAGGUUUUAUUAUGCAAAUGGGAUGGAGUUUGGAACUUAACUCACUUUUCCUGCAACGUCCUUUCCUUGGCAGCCUAGUAUUUGCUCAAAAAGGCAUGAAUAAGCCAAGCUUGCCAUCAUGUUAACCUGCAUUCUACAAGUUGCACUUCGGGCAGUAAAGGUUCAUAUUAAUUGCAGAAUAAAACUUCAGCCUUUUUUUAAAAGACUGUGCAGGAGUUAUUUGCUUUUUUCAUUACAACAAUUAACCCAGUUCACAGGAGAUAAAUCCACCUUGACCCAAGUCUUUAUGGUUUGCCUCCCUUCCUCCUUCUCCCCAUUAAUGUUCUUUACAAUUCUGAUGUGGCCUCUGCGGCAGCAUUUUAUGCUGUCGUUGGGCGUCUUGACAGUGUAAUAAUACAUCUCGCUAACCUUCCCUACUUUCUCUGGAAAGAGUUAUUGCACAUUGUCUCCACAGAGCCAGUGCUCCCCCCCCCCCCCCCAGUUCUGAAUCUAUAAUGUUUAAAAGGUUGCUGGAAACCUUUGAAGAAUGAAGGCCAUAGAUCUCUCCGAAAUCCUGGCUUGAGAGGAACAGGAACUGCAGUACUGCUGCAGUUUUGUGCUACUGAGGAAAGGCGGGGGGAAUAGCGAAGCUUUGUAAAUUCAGGAACUACUUUCUCCAGCAGGGUUAGAAGUAGACAGUGGAUCAGAGUAAGGAAAUCACUUUAGACUUGGGCAAGCCAAGGGUCUAUACAUAGUGCCUAAUAUAACCAGCUUUCCCAGCAUUUAUAAACAGCCUCAAACCCUUGAAAAUCUUUCUCUAAGUGUUUUGUUGCUGCAGCACCUCCACAUGACCCAAACAUAACCUGAAUAAGGAGCUGUGUGUUCUUUCGCUAAGAGCUUUGCUUACUAAUGACUUCCUGGUGUUUCUUUUCCUUAUGCCUCGAGUCCAUUUGCUCCUCAAUCUUAAUCCCAGUCCUCUGUUUUCCUGCAUCGCUUUCCUCCUUCUCUCUUUCCCCUCUCUAGUCCACUCUCUCCCCUUCCCGUUCAAUGUUCUAAUUCGCCUCCCUUUUAAAGCAUCUGUAGCACCUCAUUUCUGCAGCCGUACGUUAUUUAUUCAUCUUUCUGUGUCUCUUUUGUGCCUAAAGGCACCUGGGGCAGCUCAUUAGAAAGUUAUUUUGAAAACUAAAUGUAGCUAAAACGCCGCAAGAUAAAUAAGUGAAAGUGAGCAAUAAAGGCUUGUAAAACCGUAAUAGGAGGAAGCGCUCACAAACCAAUUCAGGCGAAGAAAACAGUUGCAAAAAGCCCAUGGGAAUGAGAUGGUCUUUACAAGCCAUCAACACCAAGAGGGGGGAGCAGGGAAGUUUUGGACCUGCCAAGGGGCCACCACUGAGAAGGCCCUGUAUUGCGUACGCACCCACCGAACUUUAGACGGUAAGGGAUGUGGAGCAGGGCCUCUGCUAACGAUCUUAACAGUCAGGCGGAAUAAUGUUGGGUUAAGGAAACACAAGUCCAGCCUGUAUCAAGAACUAAGAGUCAGCAUCUAGGAUCUUAGGCAGACCCACCUAGUUUUGUUCUGAUCACGGUUUUCAUGACAUUGACACUUUUGACGUUGAGGGAAAGUGUCAGCAAAGUUGAUGUUUGUCUGUGAUGGCAGGCUUCCUCAAGCAAGCCUGCAACUUAUUUCUCUCUCCAGAUAACAAGGGGUAGUAUCUUGCCAGCUACUAAUGGUCAUGCUGUUUCUGCUGAACUUUCUGGUUCAUAGCACAGGGUGUCCCGUAAGGAAAUAACAUGCAUUCUGCCACUAAGCUACCCUCCUUAUCUCGAGUAUUUUUUUUUAUCCCUGACUGUCGCUUCUGUGAGCUUGCCUUCCACCCAUUUCUUGUCUGUGUGUGGGUUGAAAAUAUCCUCCUAUCUGAGAGUCAGUGUGGUCUAGUGGUUAAGAGUGCUGGAACAGGGUCCGGGAGACCAGGAUUCAGCCACAAAGCUCACCUUGGGACAGUCACUGCUUGCAGCCCAGCCUACCAUGCAGGGCUGUUGUGAAAAUAAAAUGGAGAAGGGAAGAACCUUUCCCCCUGUUUUAAAGGUCCUUAGAGUAAAGGUGGUGUAUAAAUGCAGAAAUAAAUACAAUACGGUUGGAUAUUUUGACAAACGUUUAUUAACAGGGUGUGAGAUGAUUUGGAAAGCCGAGAAAGAAGCCGCCUUUUUGUCUUUAAUUGGGUGUAUAGGUUUAUACUAACAAUGGGAACUGUUUGGUGCUGGCUCUAACUGCUUUGGUGUCUUUCUCUCUGCCUAAAACCUUUGAAAACAUCCUUUCCUCUUCUGUGGGAAAGACUUUAGAGGAAUCUGACCAGCCAGUGCAGAGUGAUGGCGAAGAAGGUGUGGCUGCUCAGGAUCAGCUCUUGGGAGAGGUAUUCAUUUUCUUCUGUACUAAACAUUGGGUGCUUGGUUGCUGACUCCCAACUAUUCUCUUUGCUCUGAAAUAUUCAUACCCCGUACACUCAUAGACAGGAGACUGAGUGGGGCAGGGAUGGGGAGUCUCAGGCCCCAUAGGGCUGAAUAUGACCCUCUAGACCUUGUUGGAAUUCCCUCUAGGCUAUACCCCUUCCCCAGUCACAUCCUCCUUGAGUGUUUUUCCCCAUACUGGAAUUUGUCCCUGACCUCUGAUAACACCUCUUGCUUGCAUUAGAGUGGAGGAUAGAAGUGGAAGAGAGAUGUCUCUGUGUAGAAACCAGUAUACAUGUGUAAACUUUACAUUAAUUGCCCCGCCCACUUUUGCCUCUGGUCAUGCCCAGCAUUUGCUGUACACACUCUUGCCUCUGCCCCCUAGGAAGGGUUGGUACCAUAGGCUGAAAAAGGUCCACCAUCCCUGUAGAACAGCCUUUCUCAACCUGUGGGUCCCCAAAUGUUGUUGAACUACAACUCCCAUCACCCCUAGCUAGCAAGGCCAGAGCUCAGGGAUGAUGGGAGUUGUAGUCCAACAACAUCUGGGGGCCCACAGGUUGAGAACCACUGCUGUAGAAGGAUGUGAGUGCAAGGCUGUGCAUUUUCUGCACUAAAAAUUACCCAGAGUCUCUUGCACGAAGGGGGAAAGAAAGAGUCAAAAUUUGCAGCUUGAGUAAAUGCAACCAUUAACCCAGGUUAUGUGUUUUUCCUGGGAAUGCUAGGCACUUGUUCUUCCCCCUGUUGCACAGUACAGUGGUACCUCGGGUUACAUACACUUCAGGUUACAGACUCCGCUAACCCAGAAAUAGUACCUUGGGUUAAGAACUUUGCUUCAGGAUAAGAACAGAAAUCAUGUUCUGGCGGCGCGGCGGCAGCAGGAGGCCCCAUUAGCUAAAGUGGUGCUUCAGGUUAAGAACAGUUUCAGGUUAAGAACGGACCUCCGGAACGAAUUAAGUACUUAACCCGAGGUACCACUGUACAGCUUCUUAACUUUGUUUUGAUGGGCAUUGAAAACUGACAUGCACCAGGGGGCAGCAAUGCCUGGAAACCUUUUUUUUAGGACACCCACUUCUUAACUCCCCAUUGCUUGUGGGGUGGAUGGAGGUGCCUGGGGAAGAAGCAUAAAUUUCCAAAGCUGUUCAGUCUUGGGAAGGAGGCCAGUGGCUUUGGAUAUACGAACCCCAUGCAUAUUACAUGGGCUUUCCCUGCUAAUGGUGAACAGAGUAGAAGAGCAAUAGGUUUGGGUUUCACUUUGCCAUUAGCAUAACCAGGAAUGUAUAGGCUACAUUAAAUAUGCUGAAAGAUUUUACUCAGAUUAGCAUCAUCCCCUCUACAAGGAUGCUACCCCUCCCACAAAGCAAAUACAGACUUCCUUUCCAUUUUGCCCUCUGGGCUUUGGAGUGUUCUGAUGCACAUUAUAAAGCUGGAAUAUACAAAUUGUAUUACUCAGUUGUACGUGCUGUGCUUCAAGAUGCCUCCUUUUUGAAGUCACCGGGCAUUUUGCCAAUUGCAUUAGAAAUGGACAGCUCGAUAGAUCUCUCAACCACAGUGGUUUGUUAUUUGGGCAUUUCGUCCGAAUGACGUAGCGCCCAAUCCUGUGCCUAUUGACUCGAAAGUAAGACCCAUUGAGUUCAGAGGAUCUUACUCCCAAUAAAGGGUGCAUAGGGUUGCAGUCCUAAAUACACACAGUUUUGUCACCAGGCUGGGAUUCUUCUCCCCCCCCCUCAGGUUGCGGCAGGAUAAAAGAAAUUUUGUUGAUACAACACUUUGUGAUAUAUGUGCAGCCACAAUAAUGCUCUUCUUUAAUAAGUUAGCAGCCUUUUAGGAAAAUGACGGUACAAAAGCAUAUCAGUAUAUCUUUGUUUUCUCAGUUAUGGAUUAAUGUAAAUACAGUAUCAAAUCCACUCUAAAAUCACAUUCAUUUCUGCCUAUUAGAGUAAAAAAGAUGAGACUGCCACUCCGCCAUCUGCAGAUGAAACAUUUAACAUUUCCGUCACUGGAGGUAAGGAAAAAAUGCCCACAUUUUGUACAGAAGAUCCGGGGUUUUUUAACUUGGCUAAACAUGAACCUUCCUCAGUUCUUUGUUAGGCUGCUGUGAUGAUGAUAAGUGAGUUUCUUUGUUUUCCUUGUUGCAGAUAUAGACGGCUUGAUCACUCAGGCUUUGCUGACGGGGAACUUUGAAAGCGCCGUUGACCUCUGCCUCCACGACAAUCGCAUGGCUGAUGCCAUUAUACUAGCUAUAGCCGGUGGCCAGGAGCUGCUGUCCAGAACCCAGGAGAAGUACUUUGCAAAGACACGAGGCAAAAUUACCAGGGUAUGCAGGCUUUUAAACUGGAAACGUGGGUAAAAUAUGGGCUCACAACCUCAUCCUUUAUUCAGAAGACCAGGCAGGCUUCUGGAAGGAUCAGAUAAUCCAUGCAUCAAGUAAACAGGUAUAAUAGAUGCAUAGUAACAUGAGAGCAGUUUGUGGGGAAGAAUCAGUAGUGAAUUUGAAGCCGUUGCUUGUAUAACAGGGCUGAUCGCAAGUGGACUGUUGGCUGGCAGGUCCCCUCUGUGGCCAUUCCCCUUAAACACAAUUAAUAUUGAUUUCAGUAUAACCUUUAAUUGUAAUUAAGUCAGGAGACAGGGAGCUCACGGUAGGGAGGGGGCAUAAAAUCCUUCCUCCUGCUUCCAGUCUAUUUAACAAUGGUUGAUAGAUCAGCCUUGCAUGGUUACCAGCCCAGUAUUAGAUAAUGGAGGUUCUACAUCAUAAAUGAAAAUUCUCAGAUACAGCUAACAUGUAGAAUUGCCCAAUUCUAUCUAGAGCUGCAGCAUUUAAUUGAUUGCAUUAAUGAACGGGAAAACUUCUGAUAGUCCUUUAAGAAGUGUCCUCGAUUAAGCAGGCAGCAGUUCUUUAAGAAGCCAAAGAAACACAAGGGCUUAUAAAAACGGCAAAUGGCGUUUCCCCUUUCUCUUGCACACCUGUUUUAUAGCAGUCCACCAUCUACAAACAAAGUGCGCUUCUCGUUUCUGAAGUCCGGCUUAGAUUUCAUGCAAUUGACUAAGAAGCGUAUGAUUAAUCAGGCUGAAGUCCUGGUCCUGUCAUGACAUUUUUCUUGCAUUCUCUUAUAUUGAGCUAGAACAGGAUAAGACUAAAUUAUAUUGACUUGAUCGCUGGAUGAAAAAGAGAACACCGCCCCCCCCUUUUCUUCCGAGAUGGUGUUACUCCUUGGUAAGCCACUCUCAACCAACAACCCCCCUCCCAUCUCUUGCCUGCCCCUUAGAUUUGACUAUUGUGACGCUUUUCACUCAGUUCCAAGGAAUGUUCAGCCUCAACUUUGGCAGUCUUUGUGUUUCUAUAUGCUAUCUGUUUUGCAUUUUGUGAGAACAAUUUUUCUCUCUUGCUUUGAUCCCCGGUGUCCUCCUUCAGUUUUCUGGCCAUCAGCCAGAGCAGAGAUAUCUGGGGAUUUGUGUUCAUAUGUUCAUGGGUUACUUUCCUGAGUUCAGCAGGAGUUGUUCUUUUCUAAUGGCCCGAUUUCUGCCAUAGGCUUCUGCUGGUUUGUACUUGACAUUCUCCAUUGCCAGCAGAGCUCAUUCCCUUCUUCGCCUCGUCCUUCAUUUUCCUUGAGGCUGUCAGGCAACUGGAGCAGCAAAUGAGGCAGGGCCUUAAAAAGCAAUGGAAAACAUUCCAUUUAGUUUUCCUACAUCUUCUGUGAUGAAAAGGCUGUAUAAGCACUUAACACUUGACUUGUGGCACCCUUGCUGAUAAGAUUGACUGCUGCUGGAUUAAAGUAUUCUGCGAACAUUAGUGACCAGCAAGCUAAUGGUGCAGUCAGCCAAGAAAAUCCCCUGGUGCACACAGAAAGAUGAUUUCAGACUUUACCUUUACAGCGAGAAUUGGGCCAACAUGGAAAAGGUAAAGGGACCCCUGACCAUUAGGUCCAGUCGCAGACGACUCUGGGGUUGCAGCGCUCAUCUCGCUUUACUGGCCGAGGGAGCCGGCGUUUGUCCGCAGACAGUUUUUCCGGGUCAUGUGGCCAGCAUGACUAAGCUGUUUCUGGCGAAACCAGAGCAGCGCACGGAAACACCGUUUACCUUCCUGCUGGAGUGGUACCUAUUUAUCUACUUGCACUUUGUGCUUUCGAACUUCUAGGUUGGCAGGAGCUGGGACCGAGCAACGGGAGCUCACCCCAUCGCAGGGAUUCGAACUGCCGACCUUCUGAUCGGCAACUCCUAGGCUCUGUGGUUUAACCCACAGCACCACCCGCAUCCCAUUCUCGCUGUACUUUUUAUUAAAACAGAAUAAAACAUACACUGCCCAUGCUGAUGUUCUGGCAAGAAUAUGGGGUGUGUGUGUGCCCACGCUUCUGUUGUUUGUCCUAUGCUGUGGACAUUUUUGAGAGGGCAACAGCAGUAACCAAGAGCUCUUGGCAGAAACUGUUUUGCUUUGUUUUUAGUGGCCCAGGGCUUAAAUCUCCAUCCACUUCUGCAGUAGCAGAGGCUUGUGGAUCUGCCAGACCCAGAGGGUGGGCUGUGCGUUUUAGAAAUAGACCUUGGGGUCAGUCUUUCUUGCGGCUGUGCAAAGUGAGAUUUCCCCAAACACCUGCUUUUGUUUUUUUCAGAUGGCGCCAAGCUCCCCUCCUAAACCAGCUUCUUUUUUCAGUUGCCUUGUUUACUUUCUCAAGUGUCCUAUCAAUCUGUCCCACUUGACAGCUGUUCACGCCUCCUCAUGAUUGAAGUCUCCCUUGUUCCACAAACGAGGGAGUUAUAGCCAGGUUUCUUUGGCUGUAACUCAAAAAUAAAUCUGUCCUCCGGGAGACGAUGAUAAGCAAUUUAGGCACAGCUUUAGGCAAUCAAGUUCCUGAAUUAGAUUACCAAGAUCCUGAAACUUCUAGUGAUAAGACAAAUGUUGCAGUUAAUUGUGGCAGUCUUUGUACACCCCUUGGUUUCUGGAACCAGAUAGGUUGAUGAAUAAAACAUUUGAUGGUGCCGACUAGGCAGAGAUUAACGGGUGCAAAGUUACCUGUAAGCCACAAAGGUAUACUGCACUUCUGGUGUUCUCCCUACUUCUUCUCAUACUCUUGUUAUUUCAUAGAUCUAGUUCUUCCUCUUGGUCCUCCCCCUCCAAUGUUAGAUGUGCCAUCUUCCAACCUGUCAAAUGCCUCUGUUGUUGGGGUCUUGUUUAGCGUGUGUCUGAUGUCUACGCCAGGGGUCAGCAAACUUUCUGCAGGGGGCCGAUCCACUGUUCCUCAGACCUUGUGGGGGGCCGGACUAUUUUUUUGGGGGGGGGAAUUCCCCCCACGACUCUCUCUCCCCCCCCCCUUCUGCACAGCACCAGAUGAGCCCCAGUGGCUGCUUACCUGUGCCUUGCGAGCGGCAGGGGCUGGUGGCAGCAGACAGCGGAGGGACGAUGAGUGGCGCGAAAGGGCUGGCUCCGGAGAGGGGCUGCUUAAAAUGGCACUCAGCCAACCGCAGCUCAACAAAGCCCAGCCCCCUUCCUCCUCUAGGCAGGGUGGGGAGAAGCCGGGAGGAGGGAGGGAGGAGGUGUUGCCAUGGUGUGUGUGUGGGGGAGGGGGGAACGGCGCAGCCUGAACGAUCAGAAUCUCCAUGUGGCGAUUCUUGAACCGUCCGCGGGCCAGAUCCAGAAGGCAAUUAGGCCAGAUCCAGAUCCCGGGCCUUAGUUUGCUGACCCAUGGUCUGCGCUAUAAAAUCCCGGGGGCUUAAAUGUUUGUGGAUGUGGUGAAGCAACACAGGAGGAGGUAGUAUAGUGCACACGCACCAGUGUCCUGCGCUCAUUGCACCUUCACCGUGUCCGAAGCUGCUGGGAGCAGAAGCAAGAGUUCAUGAUGCUAAAUUGUAAGUGAGGAUGUAGUAAGGGAGAAGAGCUGUAGGGAGAUUAAGAUCCGUGAACCGCAGGCAGGAAAUGGGGGAGAACAUUUUUAUUUAUCUGUUUCUCAAGUGUUUGAUGUAGUGUUACAAACUGAGACAGGAAGGCUAGGAGCUGAAUGGCACCUUAAACCUUGUUUAUGGGCACAACAACGGACUAUCUAAGCACGCUUUUUUAACAGCAAGAAUAUAAAGCUGAAAAUGAAUGAACUUCAGCUAAAAUCUUGCAUUCGUUUUUCACAUGGUCCAGUCCUCAUCUGAAGACUGCAAAAAAGAGCAAAGCCUUUCUUCCCCUGCUAAUAUUAUUCAGAGGGUCUCUUCUCCAGUAUUCAGAGAGUAGCUAGAAGUGGGGAGGCAGAAAAAGGUCCUCCUUUCCUUCUGCUCUGCAGUUUUAAUCUGAAAUCUUCAGCUCAGUACUGCACCCAGAGCUCAGAAACUGCUCGAGCUAAUGAAAUUCCUUGUCACAAAACGCACCUAGAACAAUGGGAGUUUCGAACGCAGGUUAGAUGUGAUUAUCAGGCAGAGGGUUGUAGAUGAGUCAUCUGACUAGUCUAUGACUUCCCUUACCUGAUAAUCUAUUUUUUUAUGUGGAAGAAACAUUCAGUCAAGCAAGCCUCCACCUUCAUUCUGUGGUGGUACAUUCCGGGUUUCUCAUCCGUCGUUUGUGAGAACUAGGCCUCAGAAAGAGGAAACCUUCAAAAUGCUGUAGAGAAAGAAGUGGUUAGGGAGGAUGUAGUUAUUGGGUAGGGAGGAAUUUGGAGUGUAUGAUCUUACACCCCAAGUUGGGAUAAUCACAUUUUAAUGUUCCUAUAUGUGAAUCAAACCAAAAACAAUUUCCUGUAGGCAGGGGGAAACUAGCACAACUGAAGUGGCUGGACUAAGACCUUUCUCCCUUAUGUGCUAGUUUUCUACUUGCAAGGCUUUUUAAAAAAUAGGAGAGACAUUCCAGAAAUGUGAUUCCCACCCCCGCAACCUGCAGCAUGAAGUAAUAUUUUCUAUUUUACCACCACAUCCUGCUGCAUGUGUAGAUUAGGCAACUACAGAUUUCGCUUGUACAAAACCAUGACCCAAGAUUACUGUAGCGUAGUAGUAACCAGUGAACAGUGUGCAUGUCUUUAGAUCCUGUUUUUAAAGCAAGCUUUUGCAGAACCGCUUUACUCCCUUGGCUAGGAUGCUCAAUCGGUAAAUGCACAGCAUUAGAACAAGGCAGUCAUAAUACACUUAUUUGUUCUCUGCCUUUUCUUCUCAGCUCAUCACUGCAGUUGUGACCAAGAACUGGAAGGAGAUUGUCCAGUCUUGCGACCUGCAAAACUGGAGGGAAGCUUUAGCUGCCGUGUUGACUUACGCAAGGCCAGAUGAAUUUGCUGCUCUCUGUGGUGAGGAAACUAGACACAGAUGAAGGUGUUGGGUUACUCUUUAAUUAAAAUGCAACGUAUCUUUUUUAUAGCUUGCAUUUUCCUUCACUGAAAUAAAAUAUGAACACAUCUCAUUUAGUAAGCAAUUAAGCACACAGGAUUAUUAUUAUUAUUAUUAUUUAAAGCAUUUUUACCUUACCUUUCAUCAGAAAAAGGUUUCCAUAGCAGCUCCUAAAAUAUCAAUGAAAAGACUGAGCAAACUUGCAGGCUUACAUUCUUAAAAGGCACAGCACAAAAGGAAAAGGGGAUUUGGAGGGAUGAGGCAGGGAAGCAAGCUCAAGCACUAAGCACUAAUUCUUACAGAAAAAGUUAUUAUAACCACCAGCUGGAAUGGAUCAAAUGACAGCAUGGCUUUAGUAGCCUCCAUUUCCUGGUUCCUAUAAUCAUAGGUUUUUCAUGAUGUCUAGAAUGGGCAGCUAAGAUUAGCACCAACCAUAACUUUGCCAGACUUGAAUGUCGUAGCAAAUGGUGGCUAGCGAUAGCCAGCAAAUGGAAGAGGGAACACUUGAGCCCUUGGCACAUUCUGGUCAUUUGGAAGGCAACUUCUGAACUUGACAUUGAACUUGACAUUGGUGCAUUUUUAACAGCGCUGGUUUUAAUUGCAUGGAUUCAAAUAUGCACUCUUUUCCUUCUAAUUCCUAGAUUUGUUGGGCUCUAGACUUGAAAGCGAAGGUGACAGCCAUCUGCAGACUCAGGCUUGCCUAUGUUACAUUUGUGCUGGAAAUGUAGAAAAGCUGGUUGCCUGCUGGACUAAAGCUCAAGAUGGAAGCACCCCGCUUUCCCUUCAGGUAGCUCUUCGUUAACUGGUUCCCUUUUGGGUCUGGUCCCCUGUGAAAUAACACGACACCUUUAAACUUUAUUUGAAAUUCUACUGGUAAAAAAAAGGGACCCACAUGCAGAUAGAAACUCUUUAAUCCAAACUGGCCUGCUCCCCGCUUAACUAUUUUCUUUUUCUUUCUCCCUGUAGGACCUCAUUGAGAAAGUGGUUAUCCUGCGCAAGGCGGUGCAGCAGACGCAAGUGGCCGACGCCAGCACAGUCGGGGCUCUCUUGGCCGACAAGAUGAGCCAGUAUGCCAACCUCCUGGCUUCGCAGGGCAGCACCGCUGCAGCUUUAGCUUUCCUUCCCGAGAACACCAACCAGGUAAACAGGCUCGGAUUUUAAUAAUAAUAAUAAAUAAUAAAUUUUAUUUAUAUCCCGCCCUCCCCAGCCGAAGCCAGGCUCAGGGCGGCUAACAACACUAAAAUAGUGCAACAUUAUAAAAACAUUAUAAAAAUUAAUUAAAAUCAAAAUUGAUGGCAACCAUAAACUAAAGCUUUGUAAAGAUUGCCAAAGGAGGGAGUCAGGCUGUGCCCUAACCAAAGGCCUGGUGGAACAGCUCUGUCUUGCAGGCCCUGCGGAAAGAUGUCAAGUCCUGCAGGGCCCUUGUCUCUUGUGACAGAGUGUUCCACCAGGUUGGAGCCGCAGCCGAAAAAGCCCUGGCUCUAGUUGAGGCCAGCCUAACCUCUCUGUGGCCUGGGACCUUCAAGGUGUUUUUAUUUGAAGACCGUAAGUUCCUCUGUGGGGCAUACCAGGAGAGGCAGUCCCAUAGGUACGAGGGUCCUAGGCCGUAUAGGGCUUUAAAGGUUAAAACCAGCACCUUAAACCUGAUCCUGUACUCCACCGGGAGCCAGUGCAGCUGGUAUAGCACUGGGUGAAUGUGAUCUCGCACCGAAGACCCCGUAAGGAGUCUCGCUGCGGCAUUCUGCACCCGCUGGAGUUUCUGGGUCAGUCUCAAGGGCAGCCCCACGUAGAGCGAGGUACAAUAAUCCAGUCUGGAUUUUGUUUCCCUCCCUUGCCUUACGUUAGAUUGGCCUUAGCUAACCUAGUGCCCUCCAGAUAAUUGUGGAGUGCAGCAACGCAUCAGCCCCAGACCUUGAAGGCAACUGAGGAACUUCAGCUGGUCCAAAAUGCAGCUGGGUUUUCACUUACCAUCUAGGUAACCCUGUUUUUAAACAGCUGCGUUGGUUUCCAGUUUGUUUCCAGGUCCGAUUCAAGAUGCUCACAUUAGGUUAAAGCCCUAGACUGCUUGCACCCCAAAUAUCUGAAAGACUACUUCCUAUAGGAUGGGGGGAGCUUCUUGGUAGUUCCACUACCCUCAGAAGUUUGAGGGUCUUCUGGGAGAGGGUGCUCUCUGUGGCAGCCCCCAAGCUGUGGAAUUCCCUCCUCGCAGAGGUUCAUUUGGCACUUUCAUUAUGUAAUAAUAGUAAUUUGUAUUUAUACCCCGCCUUCCCCGGCCAGAGCCGGGCUCAGGGCGGCUAACACCAGUAAAAUUACAAUAAAAACAUAAUGGGGGGGGGUGCCCCAAUUUAAAAUACAGGUUAAAAUGCAAUUUAAAAUGCAGCCUCAUUUUAAAAGUAGCCCAUGGAUCAAAACGGUAAGGGGACGGAAAACAUAAGGGUCAGACUGAGUCCAAACCAAAGGCCAGGCGGAACAGCUCUGUCUUGCAGGCCCUGCGGAAAGAUGUCAAGUCCCGCAGGGCCCUAGUCUCUUGUGACAGAGCGUUCCACCAAGUUGGGGCCAGUACUGAAAAGGCCCUGGCCCUAGUUGAGAUCAAUCUAACCACCUUUCAACUUGGGACCUCCAAAGUGUUGUAGUUUCCGUCUGAUUCUUAAUUUUUUUCAUCUAUAUCCCACCUUUCCUCCAAUGAGCUUAAGGAGGCAUACAUGGUUCGCCUUCCUGUUUUACCUACACAACAACCCUGCGAGGUGGGUCAGUGUGCGUCUGGCCCGAGGUCACCCAGUGAGCGUCAUGGCUGAGUGGGGAUUUGAACCCUGGUCUCAUAGGUCUCAGUCCAACACUCUAACCCAGGCAGCCCCAAACUCGGCCCUCCAGAUGUUUUGGGACUACAACUCCCAUCAUCCCUAGCUAACAGGACCAGUGGUCAGGGAUGAUGGCAUUUGAUGCCCAAGAGAGAUUUGUAUAUACAUUGGGACCUGCCCUAUUCUCUUGAUUGCCAUCUGUUUUCAAUCUUGUAUUUUUAAAUAGCUGUGACCCACCCAGGGGCAUAAGAAAUAUAAUGAUGGUGAUGGAGAAUGGAUAAAUGAGUGGUUGAACAUUGUAGGGCCCAGUUAGGCCAGGACAGGAAUGACUGAGUGGAAAUUCCUUGUUGGUUCAGUUCUUCUGGCUUUGGAGCAGGAGCUAUGAAGAAGAGCUGUGUUGAAGCUCCCCAACAUCUCCUGCCUGCCUGCAAGAUGCGGAACACCCCUCAUCUUGCAAAGAUUAGAUAUAUUUGUGUAUCUCCUUGGGUCCCUGCUUCAGCAUAGGCGAAAAAUUAUUCUGCUGCUGCAGUAACUCGAGUCCUCGUGCCUUCUCACGACUCUAUUCUCCUGCCACCUUCUGUGUUGAAUAACGAAUGCACCAGUUCUCUUGAUUGAAUCCCGCUUGCUUGUGGGGUGUAUGUGUGCAAUUCCUUGUGGUUUCUUUCCUCUUUGCAGCCAAACAUCAUCUUGUUGCGGGAAAGGAUUUGUAGAGCUCAAGGAGAGCUUUCCCGGGCCCCAGAAGCACCAAAGGUACCUUACGAAAGACAGCCUGCAGCACCCAGGGGGAGAGUUGGACCUGCGGCUGGCCAGGCACAGAUGCCACAAGUCCCAGCCCAGCAAUACUAUCACCAGGUAACGGACACCUUCAGCAGCCACACUUCGGCUUCUGUGGACACCCAGCUUUGCUGCAGCAUCAUUCUGCCUCAUGUUCUGAGCAUUCAGCGCCCGCAGCGUCUAUACGAAGUGCUUCUUGCAAGUCUUUCCAGCAGCAGCUUCUGCUUGUGCUUUUUGCAGUUUGUACAUGUGCUUUUCUGAAAAGCGAUCAUGGGAAUCUUGCGAGCCAGCCUGCCUGAGUGUUCGUUUUGAUGCCACGCAAGCUUUUGCUGAUGUGAAAUGCUCUUUUAAAUGCCGAGUGUUGUAGCCUUAAGUCCUGCUUGAGAUAUUUUCGCCUGCUUUCUUUUCUCCCCGCCUUCCACCACCCUUUGUGUUGCUUUAAUUCCCUGUGCAGAUUAUGAAUUUGGGGCGUGUUUUGCCACUACCCUUUCAGCUUGAAAUAAGCUGGAUAAUUUGCUCCAAGGCUUAUGGCUCCUCAUCCUUUUGAUAUAUUUGCCAGACAGCUAUGAUAGCAGACUUAAAACACAGUUAGGGCAGGCUUGUAAAUACAGUGUUGUCUGGGUGAUCUGUAGUGAGCAAGCAUCUUCUCCAGGUGACCAAGCCUAGAAGUGUUUAUAAGCUAAAAGAAAAGAAAAUGUUUUAUUUGACGCAACAAAUGACAAGUAUAAAUGUUUGUGGAGAGGUGGCUCCUGAACGAUUUUAUAGCUUAGAAGCAGCCUAUUUGCAAGGCUGUUCUUAUGGAUAGAGAGCAUGAAACUUGUGCAUCGUUGUUCUCUUGCCUCUAACACACCAGGAGAGACCAGCACCAGAGGCUGUGUCCCCCCUGGCUGUUGUCUUUGGGAUGUGCACAUUUUUCUCUUUUAAGCACACAUGUUGUUGGCACACAUCUGUCUCAGAAUGGAGUGUGCCCCCGGGGGUGAAGUUGGAAUCACUGUAAUAGCAGCACCAGAGUGACUUCCCCGGACACACUGCCUGGGCAGUGGGUAAAGAGGUCCUGGGCUGCCCAGACGACAAGACCCUCCUCUCAGCCUCGCUGAUGUGGUCCAAAGGAAAGCGGAAUGGUAUAUUGUAAAUGGGAAUGGCUCACUUUGUCUAUGAAGACAAGUGCUGGACAGGCUCAAGAGUAAGUGCUGAUUUCACCCCGUUUUCUGAUGUGAAAGGCAAAGCACAAAUCAAUCUCUGUAUGUGGCUGAGUCUUAAAUGCAGGCAGAAGCUGCUGUGCUCUUUGGGUCUUGCUCCUUUCCUUUGUGUAUCUUAAUUACAUAAUACCAUGUGUUGAUUCUGCAAAGAACAUAAUGUGUCUUACUCUCGUCUUGAUUUUGUAAUAUCAUCAGGCCUUUUGUUUGUGCGACAGCACUAAUAGGUACAGAGUUCCAGCACCUCUUUUUUUGCUGCCCAUAGCAGCCAUUUUGUGCUGGCACCCAUGGCACUCAUCAAUAUAAGCAUGGGCACCUCGUGUUGUUUUUUACAAAAACAUAAAAGCACUGCAUGGCAUUAUCCCAACCCAGCAGCUGCAAUAGUCACAGAGCAGUCUGGUGCCCACGCUGAGUUUUAUAUGGCCAGGUGUGCUGUGUAUGUUUGUGUCUUCCCCACCCUCAGUCCACGUUCUCCACUUGUAUGCUCUGGGAGUUCCUGUCUUCCACAGGGCUCUGUCGGUUCCUGCGUUCUAAAACAAUCCAGGCAAUCGAGUAUUAGACAAGCAGCACUAGGCACCGAGACUGCAGCUUGUUAGGGAUGCAAAACAUGCCAAAUAAAAGCAUCCUAGUCAAUCCAACAGCACUAACCAGGUGAAAUCUAAAUCACCGCUGAGCGUUCGCUGCCUUCUUCCCCUGAGCUUCUUCUCUUUCCCCAUGCUGCCUUGUCUUGGCUGCCUGGCUCCUAAGAAUACAGUGAUCGAGGUCUUAAACAAUCAUAACUCUUAAGCAGCAUGGCAAAUAGGGGGUUGGCAUUGUUUGGUGUUUUUUGGGGGGGCAUUUUUUGAGCAUUCUGGCUGUUUUGACACCCUUUCGGACUUUUUCUUCUUCUUUUUUCAUUUCGUUUUAUUUUUCCAUGAUUGGUAUCUCUCUGUUCAAUUCAGGUUAGAGUUGCCCCUACUGUCACUACCUGGAGUAACAAAAACCCCACUGCCCUUCCCAGCCAUCCUCCUGCAGCCUCUCCCUCUGAGACACAGGUAUAACAUUAAUUAUUCCUCUUUGAGCAGGAUCUGCUCUCCUUGUUAUUAUUAUUUUUUAAAUAAAAAUUGGACCCUUGCACACAUAUCCCUUUCUAUGCCAUUCCUAUGCUCCCUCCCCGCUCCCAUCACCUUUUUUAUACACACUUUGCAAUUCUCAGCGCGUUCCUGGCCAUCUGGGAAGUAGGCACAGGUUUCAGAUCAAUCAGAUUUCCCAGCCGGCCUUGCUGUAUUUCAGGAUGUCUUCUGGCCUGUGAAUCAGAUUUUGAGUUCAAUCAACGAGGCCCCCAUAGUUUCCACUGGGGGAACAGGUGGGCUUAAUUCCUCCCCGCUGCCACAUUUCUCCCUCCCUAACAAAUUGAAUAAAUGAUUUAGCCCUUAAAAGCACCUUGAGUUGACCGUCCCAUUCCCCAUGAUGAAUUCAGCGCACGUUAGGUUUUCUCCAUUUUUCGGCAUUGCAGGUGGCUAUUGCCAGUUUCUUGGGCACCCUGUUGCAUGUUCUGUCUUUACAUUCAAAGUAAGGUGGGAAGUGGAAAAGAAUUGUGUGUGAGCUAAUGAGUGCUUUGAGAGCAGGACUUUUAACUUUGCAAACUGUCAUUCUGGGCCAAGCCUUCGCUUCAUAUGCACCUAACCAAACCUAACCUUUUUUCUCUUCCCAAUUUGUUCCCCAGGGCGAAAACCCUCCUCCUCCAGGGUUUAUGCCAGGGACUGUUAAUCCCAGCGCACCACCACAUCAGCCGGCGCCUCCUGCUUACAAUAUGUACUCUCAGGUCGCAGCACAACAAGCGUAUCCACAACGUGAGUAGCACAGUCUUCCUAGUAUCCCGCCCCCUUUAUUCUUAUUACGUUGAGCUUGGUGUGCUAUAAACCUAGGUUUGUUGUUGUGGCAACCCUGGUGCCCAUGAAGCCUUUGAACCACUCCCUCCCCAUCACCGCUGCCAUGGUCACAAGGGGGUAAAAGUGGUCACAUCUUUCUCCCUUGAAAAGUACCUCGACCUGAAGGAGGAAUUUGUGAGAAUACGUUCAUUCUGUCAGCACCCUGAGAUCUGCAGAUGAAGGGUGGUAUACUACUACUACUACUACUACUACUACAUACACACACCCUGGCAAGGCAGAUUGGAUGGUAAGGGGCCUGUUGUGCUACUGGGAGACCUUGCACUGGCUUCUGCUAGAGCAUCCAGUUAGCUGAAUCUGGACCAAUGUUGUGAAUAACAUGGCAACUUGGAUUAUUUUCCCCAUUGUAUCCCAAGAGCGUGGGAUGGCUUGUAUCUUUUAUGACUGUGAAGGAACUUAAACCUGCUCUCUCUUCUUUCUUUCUUUCUUUCUUUCUUUCUUUCUUUCUUUCUUUCUUUCCUCCUUUCCUCCUUUCCUUCUUUCCUUCUUUCUCUCCCUCCCUCCCUCCCCCUCUCCCUGUAACUCUGUUCUCAGCCCACCAUGCUGCUCAGGUUCCCUUUGGGAUUGACAAAUUUCUCUUCAGGCAUCAUAGAGGCAUUAAAUAAAUGAGCUAUGGAUUUUGCAGUGAAAUAGCUGCAACCUUGUGAUAUUCAUUUGAUUUCUUCUCUCCCCAUCGCCCCUUAAUAACUCAUCUGGUAACAGCACUUAACAUCCAAGCAAUUUCUGCCAGGCAGCAUGGUGGGGAGCAGGGAGAGCUUUUGAACAGACGUGUCAAAGAAUUUUUGAACAUUCUCCUUCUAAGGAAGAAAUGGCACUUGGCUGAACAAUGUGUCUUCUAAAUUAUUCAGGGCGAGCUGCAUACGUGUCGUUGGUCUCCCCACGCACCCACCCCCCUUGUCUCUUUUUAGCCCCCUAGAGCAGGGAAGGGGAGAUCCUGUGGCCCUCUGGGUCGCAUUCGGCAGCAGCAUCUCACAGGCAACAGAUUCCCCCAUCCUUGACCUAGAGAUCGAUUAUUAGAGAUUAGGCGCCAGGCAAAAACGUUCCUCUUCAACCAGGCUUUUUGGCCAAUUAACAUUAUACAGUGGUGCCCCGCAAGACGAAUGCCUCGCAAGACGAAAAACUCGCUAGACGAAAGAGUUUUCCGUUUUUUGAGUCGUUCCGCAAGACGAAUUUCCCUAUGGGCUUGCUUCGCAAGACGAAACGUCUUGCGAGUUCUUGCGAGUUUGUUUCCUUUUUCUUAAAGCCGCUAAGCCGUUAAUAGCCGCCAAGCCGCUAAUAGCCGCUAAGCCGCUAAUAGCCGUUCUUCGCAAGACGAAAAAACCGCAAGACGAGACUCGCGGAAUGGAUUAAUUUCGUCUUGCGAGGCACCACUGUAUGGCUUUCUAGUGGGGUAGGAGAGCUGAAAACAAUGCCAAUACAUUUCACAUCUGGCGGCCAAUGUGCCCUUUUGGGUUCAGAUAGUACAUGGGUAGACAAGUCUAAAAAAAUCUGGGACACAAAUGUUCCUGGCCCUCUAGUGCAGGCAUAGGCAAACUCGGCCCUCCAGAUGUUUUGGGACUACAACUCCCAUCAUCCCUAGCUAACAGGACCAGUGGUCAGGAAUGAUGGGAAUUGUAGUCUCAAAACACCUGGAGGGCCAAGUUUGCCUAUGCCUGCUCUAAUGGCUACGGAGGCUCAUUUGCCUUAUUUACCCAUGUCUAGGAGGCUUAGUUUGGUCAAACAGGGUAUGCACUUCCAGAGUGAACGCUAAAUACAUUACUUUUGGUAAACGUGCCACCAUAGCAACUAGACGGCUGUGAAAAUUUGUGUCCUGGGCUCCUCUACCCAUGUACUAUCUGAGACCAAAGGGGCACAUAGGUUGCCAGAUGUGAUUCCCACCCCCCCAGCUCUCCUACCCCACGAUUCUAAAUGUGUCUGUGGGGAGGGGGAGGGUUAUUGCUUUGUUUUGCUUUCGUUCUCGUUUUAUUACGCAUUCUGUGUUCUCGUUUUGUAUUUUUAUGUAGUGCACCGCCCCGUGAUCUUCGGAUGUUGUAUGCAGAUUUAAUUAAUAAUAAUUUUCCGUUUUUAUCUUCCGUAUUAAAGCAGGAACCUUUAUCUGGAAUGCUUAACCUGCAGCCCCUCUUAGGGCUGUGUUUUCUCCCGUUUCAGCUCGGCCUCACUUUACUAACAUAACCUUCUCCUUUCCCCCCACCCUCUCCGAUGUAGCUUGCCAGACAGCGCAGCAGUAUUCUUACGGAACGGGGGGACCGUCGCUCUAUCAGCCCCACCAGCAACAACCUCCUCCGCCCCCUCCCACCUCAGCCUCUUACGCUAACCCCAACCCUCCGUACAUGCCCUCUAACCCUCCCACCUCCAUGCCCUCCCAGCUGUACCCAGCCCAGCCCCAGCCCUCCCCAACCAGCUUGAACCCCAGCUCUUCUCUUCCUCCUCCCCCUCCUUCUGGUGCCUCCUUCCAGCAUGGCCGGCCGGGAGCCCCAGCAUCUUCUCUGCCAUAUGCGCUGCCUCCUGGACCCUCAGGUACAGAGCCGGCAACCAGUGAGCUCGCUGCAUCCCAAAGAACAGGUCUGCGCUUGCAAAGGGGCCUUUGUUAUGCAUUUUGGGGGUGGGGCGGAAUGGGGCGCACGUUUCAUUUAUCCUCGUCGUUUUGCAUGUGUACGCUGACAUGGUUUUGCGCAAAACUGGUGGCUUGCGCAAAACUCUGGUUGUGUGCUUCUGAAAAGCAUCGUCAUCUUUUGCCUUCCGUAUAGGACCAGCAGCUUGCUCUGUCCAGAGCAGCGUGAGUGACCAAACGCCGCUGCCGUGAGUCAAAAGAGAAUCCAGAGAUAGUCCCAUGAGUCAUUUGCUGCAUAGAGGCUCUAAAACUGUAGAAGGGCCUUGACACCUGCCCUGCUUUAACCAAAAACAAGACCAAAAGGAAGUCAAGACAUCAGUGCUGGCAGCUUUCAGCCAGCGACUUAUAAGAACAAGGCUUUGGAAUGGGACCUGGCUCUUGUUUGUUUGCCAUGCCCCAAAAUUGCCUAGCCAAUUGUUUAACAUUCUCAAGCCUCCCGCAGAAAAUUGUGUUACCCGCUAUCAGUUUGCUAGAUUUUUUUAGCCUGCCAGGGAGAUCAGGGCCACCCCCUACUUCCUUUACCCUUGCAAGAGCCCCAUGAAAUGCUCUAGGGCAGCCUUUAUCAGCCUGUGGGUCCCCAGAUGUUGUUGGACUACAACUCCCAUCACCCCUAGCUAGCAAGGGAUUAUGGGAAUUGUAGUCUGACAACAUCUGGGGACCCAUAGGUUGAGAACCAGUGCUCUAGGCUGAGAGAUAGUGGCUGGCGCACAUUCACCCAGUGAACUUCAGAACGGAGUGGGGAUUUGAACCCAGGUCUUUGCAGCCCAAGAGUCCAGCACUUAAACCCCUACACCACACUGACUCUCCUAAAGUACGGUCACUUCACCUGCUUACCACUGCAGUUGCACCUGUGCCACUCUGGAAAACCUGCAAAGCUACAGCUGUGCUACACAGACCAAACAUUUGUAUUUAUGGAAGUGUGUAAGUACAGGAAGCCUUAUACUUCUCUGAAGUGGCAUGGGAGCAACUGCUGUUGCCCAUUGGGAGCCAGGAUCCAAAACAGGCAUAUAGCCAUGAUAUGUGAAGAAUCCUUGUGAUGCUCUAUUUCUCACUUCUUAACAAAGAUUAUUCCAUUAGCAAGCUUUGAGAUGGUUUCAAGAGAGCAUGGACCAGGGUUCUUGUUUUAAACCCAAGGUUGGCGACAUUUUUUUGGGGGGGUGUGCGCGAUCUGACCUGUCCCUUUAAAAUAAUAAUGGUAGUAAUUCUGGAAACUUAAUCAGAGCAUACCUUAUAAACAUGAUGCUGAAAUUCCAACCAGAACAAAACGCAUUGGCCUCUGACCUAUUAUAUCAAUACUCCAGCCCUUUAUAUUCAUUGUUAGCUGAAGUUUUCCCAUUGGGAUUGGCACCAGUAAGGGGGAGGGGCGAGCGACAGUUGUUCACUAAAGGUGAGACUCGAUAUCGACGAAGCAAUUUAGAAACCCUUUAAAGGUAUGUUUUUCUUCUCGCAUGAACUAAAGAAGCAUGUCUGGAACAUUUGCUUCUGCAUGACACAAGAAUGUUUGGCCCAAAAUGAGAGAAGUGUGAACUUGCUUUUGUUAAUGUUUUUUGUCUUGAGCAUGCUAUCGGUGCAUGAUAACAGACCUGUUUCUUUAUCGGUGUCAUUCAACUCUUUAGCUUUCCUUUCCUUGAAAAUAAAAUGCAAAUAAGCAUAACAGGAAGACACAAAGCUUUUGUCAGGGACCAAAACUUUGUAUUAUUAUUAUUAUUAUUAUUUUAUUUUGGCCAGGGUAUGACGGGAGCAAGGCUAUUACAGGUUACAGUUUAGGAUGAAAUUACGUUAGAUACACAGCAGCUGUUCCUCUUUCCUGGUAGAAAAAUGGGUUAGAGUGCUUUUGAGUUCACUUCAAGGAAUACGUGUUCCAGGGUGCCUUGCAAAGAGUGCUGUGGACUAAAGUUUUCUAAUGGGGGUAGCUUCCAUGUUCAGUUCACAGCCGAACUCUCAAAACAGGUGUGGUCCUCUAGAUGUUGAGCUUCAGCUCCCAUCAUCCCUGACUGUUGGAGUCCAGACAACUAGAGGACCAUGCCUACCCCAUCCCUGUUUUUGCAGGGUUAUCCCAUUUUCACUUUGAUGAACAGGACUAGUGAUGUUAAAUUCUCGAGAAUAAUCUUUUGGAGAAUAUUCUCAAGAAUAUUCUCGAUUAAUGAGAAUAUUAGAGAAUUUUCAUUUAAAAUAGGAGAAUAUUCAUUUUAAUGCAUUGAAAAUGAUAUAAUUAGUUAAUAUACAUGUUUAUUCAUGGGUAAACUUGUUCAGAUGGCAACCAAAAACUGUAAAGAUACUUUUAUUCAAUGGGGCAAUGCAGUGAAUUCACAUUCUUUGAUAUAUAUUUUUUGCACCAAACUUGAAAUUGAAAAUUCAGCGUGAAUGACUCAUGUUACUCACCAAGCCUAUUACAUACAGUUGAAAAACAUAGGAAUUCAAAUGUUCAUCAAAUUAAAUGAAUAGCAUUUUUAAAACUUAAAAAAAAAAAUGGUUUCUGUAGCUCACAUUUCAGAACUGCCAAUGGUGAAUGACACAAUGCCCCGUAAUGUAACUGGAUCAAAAAAAUAAUUAUUCAUUACUUACACUGGCAAUAUCACAGCUUGAUUUAUUAUUUACUAGAUUUUUUAAAUGUGGGUUGUAAAACUGGUUCUUACAUUAGAACUUACAGUUUGUGGAGAAUAUUCUCCGGAGAAUUUUCUAGCAGAGAAUAUUCUCACCUCACAUCACUAAAAAGGACUUUGGAACCAAGAAUUUGGAAUCAGGCCUUGCAGGCCUUAAGCCCAGCACAACACCAGCAGCUAUUCAAAUGGAGUUCUUUAAGAAUCCCACGGUUCCUGGGAAACUCCUCUAGGUUUUCUUAGUGAGGAGGUUGUGGAUACUGAGUGCAUUUCCUUGAAGAAGGUAGCUUGUUCUUUGUUGCUUAGGCAAACUCUGGGGCUGCAUGGCUAAACUGGGAGUGAGGAUUGGUAAGAGCGGACGCUUGAAAUCUGUUCUUGAAACCUUAGAAGGUAUUUUCCAGCACAUGCAAAGCUUGGAAAAAGCUGGUAAUGGGAAGGUAGUGUAUCUUUUUUUCCCCUUUUAAACUGCUCCUGAGGUUUUUUUGCGUUUUGUCUGCAGACUAUCAAUCCAUACAAGACCAAGCCAGUAUCCUGCAAGGUGACUUAGCUACCUUUUAUAAAAUGGAAAUCAUUAAGGCACAGCACGCACAUCUAACAAAUUGGACUCUAGCAGUGCAUGUGACCGCAAAUUCAAUACUUUGUGCUAAUAAUACUUGUUAAAUCCAAUGAAAUUUAACACUCGGUAACAUUUUAAUGGAGACAAAUGGUUUGACUCAAAUAGCAGAGCUGGGAUUUAUAACCACAGAUGUGAUCAACUUCCAAAACAGAUGUUUGUUGCAUUCAUUGGGAGAGGAGUAACGCUCUGAAAUGUUAAUUUCCAUGGUCUGCACUAUAAUUUUUGAAGCAGUCUUUUACACAAACAGGACAGCUGCCUUUCGUGUUCAGAAAAGCUGAGAAGACAGUUACACAAUCUUCCAAAUAGUUGCAACUAUCCUUAAAAUCAGGGCGUGUGUAUUCUGCACUUUCCAAUGGAACAUUAAAAGAAAUUGCACCUAAUCAAUCCAAGUUCUGUGUCCAAAUAAAUCCAGAAAAAUUUGCUUAACUUGUGCAGAUCGAGCAGAUUUGCAUAAGCUGUUUGUAAGCUGCCUCCUGCCUGUGGUUUAAGCCACAGCGCCUAGGACUUGCCGAUCAGAAGGUCGGCGGUUCGAAUCUCCGUGACGGAGUGAGCUCCCGUUGCUCGGUCCCUGCUCCUGCCAACCUAGCAGUUCGAAAGCACGUCAAAGUGCAAGUAGAUAAAUAGGUACCGCUCCAGCGGGAAGGUAAACGGCGUUUCCGUGCGCUGCUCUGGUUCACCAGAAGCAGCUUAGUCAUGCUGGCCACAUGACCCGGAAGCUGUAUGCCGGCUCCCUCGGCCAAUAAAGCGAGACGAGUGCCGCAACCCCAGAGUCGUCUGCGACUGGACCUAAUGGUUAGGGGUCCCUUUACCUUUACCUGCUUGCACUGAUGGAAAAGAAGAGGAAUUGCAGGGGUUGUGAAGAUGUCUACCUGCAGUUCUUCCUUUCGGCACAGGAAAUACGUUUCGGUUAAUAGAAGGAAGAGCAAAUUCGGCCUCAAACAUAGCAUCAGGGACAUAGGCAGGGGGCCUCUAAGUUGCCCUGGCACCACAUCCCAAGACCUCUAGGGGUUAGGUGUUGGUCUUCACCAGGGUCUCUCAGUUUCCCAGGUCAGAGACUUGUUCAUGGAGGGAGGGAAGAGAAAAAGUUGAAAUGCUAACAGCAAAUACUUCUCUUCUCCUUGGUUUUUCUUAUUUCACCUAAUUUAUCCUUCAACUUUCAGCCUUUAAAAAAAUAUGAUUUAGUUAGUCCUGGGAAGGGAGAAAGAGCUGUGAAGAACACUGAAGCCCUCCCUGCUUAGCCUUGAUUGCUAGAAAUCUUCAUCAGAAACCCUGCUAGCUUCCAAGAUUUGAGCGAUCGUUAUCCCCACACUCUCAACCUAUAUUUUCUAUAGUCAUGAGGACUGGAAUCUUCCUUUGGAAAAGAAACAAUGCCAGGAUUCACAGAAAGUGAAAUCCUGUGCCCAGUACACACUUACCUUCUUGCCCUUAGUUGCAAAUGAGCUGCAGAACCAUGGGAAUCCAAAUUUCUCAAGGAAACUGAGUUAAUCCUAGAUUUUUAGAGAAUGGGAGCUGCAGUUUUCUAAAAAGAAAAUGAUAGCACUGUGGUUAAAAACUCCAGCUGUGAUUAUUUUUGAUUAACUAUCGGUGUUGUGUAACAAACCUGCAUUACUUUUUAUUUUACUUGAGUGGCCCUUGAGUUCAGAAGAUCCCAAUUUAAGCUGCCCCCUAAGCAUGUUUGUUGGGGGGUCCCUGCAUACUCCUGAGCCAGAGCAAAUUCCACCAGGAACAUCUGCAGCUACUGAUUCCGGAUUCACACUCAGUAUUGCUUUCAUUCAUUUUCAAUAAGGCUUAUUCGGAAGCCCUUGCCAAUAGACGAUAACAUCAAUGUGUGUUCAGGCCAGAGGCCCAGCUGGCCACUUUUGUCUGGACAGGUUCAUAGCUUUUUCAUUUAUUUAGAUGAUUUAUUUGCCGCUUAGCCUUCUCUUCUUCUUUGCAAAAGUAAAAUCUCUGAGCGGUUCACUGAUACAGGCAUAGGCAAACUCAGCCCUCCAAAUGUUUUUGGCCUACAACUCCCAUGAUCCCUUGCUAACAGGACCAGUGGGCAGGGAUGAUGGGAAUUGUAGUCCCAAAACAUCUGGAGGGCCAGGAUAUAUACGUGACUUAAGAGGUUAAAAUGAUGGAGUCUAAAGGAGAAUAAUAUUAAUGAAGAGCAAAACAAGGGGUUUUUGUGAAGAAUUUGGUACAAUUGAACAUAUAUGAGAUAUGCUCUUGACUGUAUUUGGGUUAUUAUGAUUGUAAAACCUUCUGUAAUACUGUAUAAAAUUAAUAAUAAUAAAGGAAGAAACAUCUGGAGGGCCGAGUUUGCCUAUGCCUGCCAUAGAAUUUAAAAUAAAAAUGCAGUAAGUGCGAUUAAAAUAUUGCAGUUAGUGAUCAGGAUACAGCAAACAUAUUGUAAUGAACUUCAUCCCUGAGGAUCAUCUAGCCUGCAGUGCAGAAAUAUGAAGUUUCCCAUACAGGGAUCAAACCUGCAACCUUGGCGUUAUGGGCACCAUCCUCUAACCAACUGAGCUAUCAGUUUCCUGGACGGAGCGCUUUCAUGAGCGAAGCUGCUUUUUUCCAGGGAAGCACAGUAAUUGGCACUGCAAAUGCAGGGGGCUCCCUGCAUUUUAGCUCCCAAGCCCAUGAGGCUCAGUAGCAGGCAGCCGUUGUUACUCUACUCCCCAGUUAGUGAUUAUGAAUUCAAGCAGCAAGACCAAUGGCAGCACACUCUCGCUCUGCGAGACAGGCUUCCUGCCAAGCAGCAGCAAAACUUAAUUAAGUGACUCAAACGAGCAUGUUCACAGCAGCUUUGUUCUUUCCAAUUUUUACCAGUUUGAUCCAAAUCAUUUUAUUUUUUUAAAAUGUUGACUCUGCUGUGGAUUUAUGGGUUAUCCGUGCUGCAAAAGCUGGUUGUCUUUUUCAGUGAUCUGCUCUGGAAAGGAUAGGCGGUCAAGAUCUAAACCUGCGUCUCUCUGCUACCAGUUGCUGAUUUAAUCCUAACGUUAGCAAAACUACAGCUAUGCGGGAACCUAGGCUCGAAAAGAUUCACUGCUGUCUUCAGGCCUAGUUCCAUUGUAAUCAACGAAUGGUUUUGCCCAUUGCAUAUCUGAAUACGUGUCCUUAGACUUUUUAUUAAUGCAAAUAGCACAGGCCUGUCCCCAGAUUUAAUCCUCCUUCCCCCAGUGCAAAAUCCAUUGCCCUUUGGGAAGGGCAGUGCCCAGUGGUAAAGUUCCUAUGCAGAAGGUCAGUCCUCUUCACCUCUAGGUGGUCAAGGACUCCUGCCAGUCAGUGGUAGAUCAGAGGCAGGCAACUUCCAGCCCGUGGGCCAAACAAAUGUGGCCCUUCAGGGCUUUGUCUGGCCCUUGGCACUCCACCCAGACCACAACCCUCACCGGCCUUGCUUCACAUCCUCCUCCAGUGUUUUUGCAUGGUUGGAAUGUGUCCUUCAACUCUGAUCAUGCCUCUUGCUUCCAUUGAUGGAGGGUAGAGAGUUGUGUGAGUGAGCGCUUGUAGGAACUGGCCUCCUGUCCAAAGGUAAAUUGACAUCUAUUGCUUUGCCCACGUUUGCCUCUGGCCUUGACCACCACUGUUAUGUGGCCCCUGGAAGCUUCCCCAGAAAGGAUUGUGGCCCUCAGGCAGGGAAGUGUCCCCACACCUGGUGUAGGGGAAGCUUUUAAGCCUAAGCAACUGUGCUUAGAUGGGCCUAUUGUCCAAAUCGAUACAAAGCAGUUUCUUUGUUUAAUCACCACGAAGGCUCUGCAGCCCAGACUUCCAGGGCAAACCAGUAGAGGCAUGUAUUUUGACAAACGGUGGCCAGCACAUCGCUCAGUUGGAAACGUUUUGGGGCAUCAAUCAGCAUUUAAAACCCCAGAAGUGCCAAAAUGCUGCGUUCUCCAGAGCAGCAACAUGGUAUUCCAAAGUGGUGUCUGUUGCUAACAACGUCCGAAACAAAUCUCUGAAAUUUCUUUGUUAGCCCAAUGAUAGAAAUGUCAAUGACCGUAUUAAAUAUGUACCGAUAAAUAACAAAUAUAUGUGAUUAUGCUAAUUGUACUUGCAAAUCCAUGCCAGAUUGACAAAGAGCACUGUAAUGAAUGUUAAUCGUAACUGGAAUAUUGUGCUGUCGAUUUACAUAAAGCUUUGCAGGUAGUAUAAACCCACAGGGUAGGUCCUUCCCUCGUGGGGCUUGCAAUCUGCAUUCUGGUAGUGGAGGCAGAACGUGCACAAAUAUAGGAGCAACUAGUUGAAUUUAGUUCCCGUUGGGCAGGAGGAGCAAGGGAAUUGGGCCAAAGGCUAUGAAGGCAGACAUGGGUUUUUGCGUUAUCUGCAUUCCUAUUUCAAAUACAGAACAUGCUCACCCCCUCUCUGAAAUUUCUAGAUUCCGAUGAAAUGCUAGCCUCUAGUUAGAAUGUGGCAAAAUUUGCUCCUCCUGAUUUUCUGGGAUGCUUUACAUUCCACUGAUAUUGUUUGGUCUUUGUUGCAGGACCUCAGAAUGGCUGGAACGAUCCUCCAGCUUUGAGCAGAAUUGCAAAGAAAAAGAAGGUAGGUUAAAAGAAACUUCGGACGUGCCAAGAGUGACUUUGAAGGCCCUUCCCCAGGUGCCACCAAAGGUGGCAACCAGAGAGAGGGUUAUCUUAGCCUGUGUGUGUGUUGAUCCCCAAAAUGAGGUUUUUAAUUGCCCCAGUAGGCAAGACCAGGACUCAAGAGGGUAAGAGCUCUUGGAUUUAGAAAGAGGAGGUUUUUCCCUGCCGGAUAUGAGACUAUAUUAUGAGGCAUCCUGUCUUUGCUGGUUGAAAGAACGGAUAACAUUAGAGAAUUCACAUAUUCUAGACUUAGAAGGUCAUGACAAUAUUUUUGGUUGGCACGCUUAUAUAUGGUAUGAAAAGGUGAAAGUUCAUAAAGGAUUUAGAAAUCAUAUAAUUAGGAAAAAAUUGUAUAGAGUAUGGGAUAACUACAAGAAUCUAUUAAGAAGCUUAUGGAAUAUGCAGAAAUGGCGAAACUUACCGGAGGAAUAAGAAAGCAAGAAAGCAAACUUAUAAAAGAAUGGAAAUGAUUUAUUGAAUAUUUACAGAUAAAUUGUAAACAGAUAAGAACAUUGGCAGGAUUAUUGUAACAACAUGCAGUUUUAUAAUUUUAUAUUUAAAGUCAAUGAAUGAAUGAGCAAAUUAAUUAAAUUAGGAUAUGCAGAAGAUAUUUAAAAUAAAUUUAAGGCACUGCAGAAAGGGGGAAGGAAGUCAAGUUUUGAAAUGUUAAAAUGACUGUAAAAUUAGUGAAAUGUAUAAACCUGAAAAGCAUAAUUGUUUGUUUGUUUUUUAAUUCUCUUGGAUUUGUUUUAAAUCUAUCAUCAGAGGGCUUGCGAACGCAUUUCAGUUUAUGAAAGACUGGAGCAUGGAAAAAUCAACAGCAAGUUAUACAUGAAUGAAUCUUGCCUGUUCCAUCAACAGCUUCAAAAAGAACUCCUUUAAACUUAGCUAAAUUGCUGGCUAGGGCUGAUAGGAAUUGUAGUCCAAAACGUCAGGCUAGCAGAGGCUGAUUUAAUGAUUGAAUGCCCAACGAACAAGGAACUGAAAUAUCCUCUGAUAGGUGAACAGCCCUCAAAACAGUGGUAGCAAAUAUCAUUUCCUACUCUUGCAUAAUUUAAUCACACACCUGUUGCCAUAAGAACUCGAGUGAGCUCUUCUUUUCCUUCCUUUGCCUUAGAUGCCUGAGAACUUCCUGCCUCCGGUUCCCAUCACAGCCCCGAUAAUGAACCCCAUGUCGGACCCUCAAGCCCAGCUGCAGCAGCAGCAACCAGCAAUGCCUCCUGCCCAGGUUCCGUUCCAGCCCUCGCAUCUUCCUCCAGGCCAACCUAGCAUGCCAAGCCCUUACCAGAACGUCCCACAACCUGGGGGCCAGACCAUCAUGACUCCUUCCGUGUCCAUGCCCAGCAUGGAAGGGGCGCCUGGAGCGCCGAUUGGCAACACCAUGCAGGUAAGAGCUAGUGGCCUGGUGUCUUUGGCCAGCUGGAUGCCAAGGAGUGGAGGGAGACACCAGCCGUGGAACCCCCUAGGGCAGGGAUGGCCAAACUUGGCCCUCCAGUUGUUUUGGGACUACAACUCCCAUCAUCCCUAGCUAACAGGACCAGUGGUCAGGGAUGAUGGGAAUUAUAGUUCCAAAACAGCUGGAGGGCCAAGUUUGGCCAUCACUGCCAUAGGAACCCCCAGGGGAAGUGUAAGGGAACUGCCAUCAGCUCAGAGGCAAGAGGUGGAAGGGCAGUUGUGUUAUAGGGAACCUCCGAAAGUCUUGCGAAGCAGUUCCUCCUCUGGCGAGGAGGAAAGCCCCACCUCCAGUGGAGAGGAGGUGGUGGGACCAGGGGAUGCUAGAGAGAGCCUCAACACCAACCCUGAGCAAGGCGGAGAGGAGGGAAGUACCCCUUUGCCAGCGGCCACUCUGCGCAGGAGGUUUCAGCGCAGGGAGGGGAGGAGAAGGUUGGGGGUCAAGCGACUGUUAUGCUGGGGGAGGUACAAGGACCAACCACUCCCAGAUUCUGCUAGCGACUGAGCCAGACAUGAACUUGCGACGCUCUUCACUGUAAAUAGUUUUGCACUAAGAAUAAAGCCUGGAAAAGACACACCACCAUCUGACAGGAAGGAUGCUCAGGGCCAGGCAAUUGGUGUUGGGAUGACAGUGAGCGGUCAGAGGGAGAAGAGGGACAAGACUGGGAGGAGGAGGUGUCAGAAGCUGAAGAGGUGACAGGCUUUAGUGAGCAGGAAGAGGCUAGGGCAGAGAGCAGUUCAGACUUUGAGGCUGAAGCGGAGGCUGCAGGGGAGGGCGGCCAAGAGGCAGAGUUGAACGAUGGCAUUUGCCACAACAUUUAGAGAUAGAUGCUUUAAAGGGGGAUUAGACCAAUUUGUAGAUGGGAAGGUUAUUGAUGGUCACUACUUGCGAUAAUCACAUUCCCUCCAGUAUCAGAGGUGGUUGCUAGGCAACGUGAGAGUGCAUUUGCACUCAUGUCCUGCUCGGAGGCUUCCCAUGAGCGUUCUGGUUGGUCAUUGUGAAACCAGGAUGCUGGGCUGUAGAGAGACCUUUGAUCUAGUUGUGUAAAUUUAUUUGGUUUUCAGAUUAAAGUUUUACAGUCACAUAGCCAACAUACAACAUAGACACAAGAUUCCAGAGAAUCUCAUGGACUUUCCUUCUCCCCUUUGUAGGUCCUGUUGUUAAUCACCUCCUCCCGCAUCUUUUAUAAGAAUCCAAGUCUUUUACAUCUCCAAUGUGUCCAAAAUUCACCAUUAAACUACAAGUGUUAUUCCAAUCUUACUAACGAUUUAAACUCUUCACAGUGGUUUUUAAUAUAAGUUAUAAAAAAAAUUCCCCAUUCCUUAAUAAAAAUUUGGUCUUCCUGAUUCUUCCUACCAGAGAAGAAUGGCAGAGAUCAAGUUGAUGGAUUAUCCCGAAAUGACUAAAAUGACCAGAAGAAUUAGAAGUCAGACCUUUUAUCUAAUUGAGCAUCUGUUCUUAUGUCUUCAUUGAGAUUGACAGUGGAGUGAGAGGGAAAGAGUGCAGCCUGGGGAGUAGGGGGUUACCUUUGGCCCUGAAACACUUGUCUGAGGUGGAAUGAGAGGGAACGUGUUCACUCCUGAGAAGAUUCCCUCACCAGGACAGCAUCCCUUACAUUUUGCCACCUGGCACAGAUGUGGGGAACCUUUGGCCCUCCAGGUGUUGCUAAACUACAGCUCCUGUCCUGCCUGACCAUUGGCCACGCUUGCAGGGGUUGAUGGGAGUCAUAGUUCAGCCACAUCUGGCAGGCCAGAGGUUCUUUACACACGUCCUGUUAGGUUGUGCCAUCCCUUGCUACAAGAGGAGGGGUCUGUCUCAGCAGUUAUCUCACCACCACCUCACUUCACAGACGGGGAGGCCAUUUUCUGGUUCAGGGGUCGACAACCUAAGGCCCAUGGGCCACAAGCAGCCUAUGGGGGUUAUUUAACCAGCCCAUGGACCCCUGCCACCCGCUCAGUCGGCUCCCGUGUUCUGCGCUAAAUCGGCAUGGAGCAGAGAGGGGGCCACCUUCCACGAUGCUGGCCGCCUUCCCAUUGGCUGCAGGAAGCUCCUGCAGCCAAUGGAAAGCUGUGCACGCCUCCUCCGCGCCGGAAGGAGCGCAGGAAAUAGUGUUUGUGCGUGCACACACACACACACUCCAGCCCACCGUGGCGUCUGCAGGACCGUGAACCGGCCCAAGCCACAAAAACUUUGCCGACCCCUGAAUUCUGGUUGGAUCCCCUCUAUGCCUGAUGUGGUAGCAGCCAUGUAGCCUGGACAGGCAGCUGUUGAAUUUAUGAACGGCUGAUUGUUUCUUCUCCCUCCCACUUGCUCAGUGGGAGGUCUGCGGGGUCCUGCCUGAAGAAACAAUCACCCUUUUGACUUGGGGGAUUGUCUUUGAAAGCAAAUGACUGGCAAAUGAUCGUGAGAGCCUUGUGAGUGGGUUGCUAUGGGGUGAAAGACGUUGGCUCAUUUGGAGCCGCAUUGUUGAGGCAGGCAGGAUUUGCCUGUUUCGUUUGAUUUAGAUCUUACUGAUGUUUAGGCACAGGUUAGCAUUUGCUUUCCCUGUCCCAAAAUCUUUCAAGGGUGCAGAAAUAUGGACUCUAAACACCUGAUUAUCCUGUGGUAAGAGGGAAUCCAGCGUGAAUGGGUUUUAUGCUAAGGCACGAUUAGCAGGGCUGCUUCAGCAUUAAGCGGCAAAUUUGGCAGGUACCAUUAAAGGGCAGCACAUUGGUAGGUGUAUAGAAAGAAGAGUCUCUUGGCCUUGGACUUUCUUUGUCACUGGACAGUUGGCCCAGGGUGGAUAUUAAAGAGAGGUUAUUGACUGUAGGAACACAGUGCCACCACCUUGCUGAAGCUAAGCAGGUCUGAGUCUGCUCAGUGCCUGAAUCGGAGACCACCUGGGACCUGCAUGUCCAUUGACUUGGGUUCCAUGAUGGAAUAUGAAUGUAAAAAUAUAAAGGGAGAGGGGAUAGAAAAUAAUAUAUGGGAAGUGAGUUGCCAGGAAAAUGUUGAUUGUGGUCUUGGAAGUGCAACAGAAAGGAUCAUUCAGUUUGUAACUUAAGGGUUAAUUGUGUUACCAGUAAGAAGAGUGGAAGUGUUGCCUAGCAAUCAGGCAGAACAGCAUGAUUUCUAGUGGAGUAGCACAUGCUCUGAUAGGCUGUGUAGUUCUGCGGGAGUUUUCCCUUUGUAUGUUUUUGAUUGAAUGUCUCCAUGCCCCAAACAAGGCCUGAACUGGAAGUGAAAUCCUCUGUGUCCCUUUCUCCUCAAAUCAUACACUCUUUUUAUUUCGCUUCCUCAGUAUCAAGACCUUCCCUCUGCAUUCCAUUGUGUUAUUUAAGUGACUUUACUAACAUACGGUUCCCCUGGAGUAAAAAGAGUGGGAGCAAAUGAUGACAAAGCGAUAUUCCAAAUUACUCUUCCUUCCCCUCUAGCAUGUGCAAUCCUUGCCAACAGAGAAGAUCAUGAAAAAGCCCAUACCUGAGGAACACCUUAUCCUAAAGAAUACAUUUGAAGCUCUGAUCCAGAGGUGUCUCUCUUCAGCUACCGAUCCGGUAUGUCCUUCAUGUGUUUCUGUGUUUUGGUGGUGGUGUUUUAUAUAAAAAAAUGCAUUUUAUGUAGUGUAAUCACACAUUCAGAGCUGGUGGCAUCCAUCACUGUGUGGUGAGUCAUCAGAAACGAUUUAUCACCAGCAGCUAGGCUCUUGCCAAGUGCUUCAGAUAUUCAGCCUAUCAGAAAAAUUGCAGCUCCUGUGUGAUUUACACAAUGGGAGAGCAUAAUCUUAGGCUGUCUUCCCUUGCGGGCGACUCGAAUUAAGAUAAGUGCUUCUUCCCCAAUCCAAAUGGUUCAAGAAGACCUUGCAAACGCAGAGGACGGCGGCAAAAAGUGAAUGUUUUGCAGACACGGCCGAAAUAGGAUUCAGCACCUUGGAGAGCUGCAAGUGAACAGUGGUGGGAGCUGCAGAUGGGCUUUUGUGGCCUGACUCUGUGGAAUGCAAGUUUGUAGUCAUUUUGGUCUGGGGGCUUGGAGUGGUUGGGUUCAGGGAUACCAAAGAAGGAUGUCAAAGAGAUAUCUGAAGAAGUGUGCAUGCACACGAAAGUUCAUACCAAUAACAAACUUAGUUGGUCUCUAAGGUUCUACUGGAAGGAAUUUUUUUAUUUUGUUUCGACUACGGCAGACCAACACGGCUACCUACCUGUAACUAGUUCUAGCGUUUUAUUAAAAGGAAAGGUGUAGACUUACAGCAGACCAGCCUGCCAGGUCUCCCAGCCUUUACAGACACGGGAUGGACUCUGCAGCAAGGAGAUGGCUUGUUUGCACCCAAGCAAAUGUGCAUAUGUUUUUUAUAGACAAAGCGACAUACACCACUUUGCCAGGACUUCCCAUCACUUCACCUGACCAGAUGAGGGUAUCGGUGGCAAAUUCCCAAAUCUUACAGAUAGUUCCCCUUUACUGGGUCCAGAGCCCAGCACCCGAAGCCCACAGAUGAUGACAUCAAAGCAAACCAGUUUGCUUAUAUCACAGCAAGUGAAUAUAAACGUAUAUGAGCUCAUUGCUGCAACCACCAAUUAAUUGUGGUAGUUAUCUUGAUUACCAAGAUAAUGUCUUCUGGAACAGCUCACCUUUGAUUCAACACAGGGAGGUAGGGAAGACGCAGGAGUGUGUCCUGUUGGUUGACAGUAGCAGAACCACCUUCCAUAAGCUGAGUGCUGGGUUCUUACUUUCAUCUUCAAGGACACAGUUCUCUCAGGAAGAUAAUUGUGAUUCAGACUCGACUGAGGAGCACCUUCCUUUCUACCUCAAAGCCAGCAGUUCUGUGUGCCCUCUGUGCAGUCCCACAUAAACAACUUUGCUUGUGCAACCUGCUGCUCUGAACCUCCUGGACCAAAGGUUGGGAACCUUCAGCCUCUCUGCCAAAAUUGGCCUGCCUGGUCAUUUUCAUGAAACGACGCCCACCUGCCCCACACCUUAUGUCAUAUGUGACUUGGGAUAUGGGGCAGGUAGAUGCUUGGCCACAGAAAGAAGGACUGAACCCAUUAUCAGUUGAUGCCUGUGAGGCGUUCUCAAAGUAAAGGAUUAAUAAGAAUACACACAGAGGCUUGAACCAGCAAGACUCUGUGAAGGGUGCGUAUAAUAAUCUCUCUCUGUGUCUCUCCACCCCUCGGCCCAGGUCGUUUUAUUCACAAAAGAACUUUUUACAGAGUAUUCGUAAGAACCAAUCAGAUUUCUUCUGAGCAUUUCAACAAACCCCACGUGGGAACAAAGUUAAACUACCAAAACUAAUUAAGCACACAUAUUUCUGGGGUAAACAAAGAAAAGAACUACAAAGGAGUACAUUUGGCAACCCCGGAGGUGAUAAACAAGCAAUAUACAUGAUAAGAAGGAUGGCCAGGAGGACAGCAAUCAUUAUCACCUUUAUGUGAGAUCUGUUUCCUGGCCCUAAGAUUAACAUCCUGGGAUUAACAUAUCAGAAAAGCUACAUCAAAGAAACUUGCCCACUAUCUUUAUGGCCCAGGGUGCCUUCCUUGCAAGCAACUGGAAGCAACUGGGCUGCAUACGAGUCUUGUCAAGAAAGAGAAAUGGGCAGUAGAGGAAAUGGCCAGAGAUGCAGAGGGUUGUGGGAUUUGAUCAGAAAUUAUUGUCAAUGUAACAGACCCAGUCAACACAAUGCAUUCAUCAUGGAUACAAUGGCUUGAUGCAUAUUUUAUAAUUCCUCAUAGUAAUCCCACCUGACCCCACACUCUGGAUAGUUGCACUCCUACCUGGGGAGGUUCAAUCCUGCUUUGUUCAGGUGUGCCAGCCAACUGCUGGAACCAGCUGGUGCGCCAAAGCCUUGCCUAAAGUAAUAAUAAUAAUAAUAGUAAUAAUAAUAAUAAUAAUAUUUUUUUAUUUAUACCCCGCCCUCCCCAGCCAAGAGCAGCUUACAAGCAAUAAUAAAAGCAAGAUGAAUGAUUACAACUUAAAAACAAAAAUAAAAUACAACAUUAAAAUAAUGGAACAUUAAAAUAUUAAAAAGUAGCCUCAUUGCAGGAGGAGAAGGAAAAGAAAAAAGAAAGAGAGGGAGGGAGGGAAUCAAAUUGGCUCCAAGCCAAAGGCCAGGUGGAACAACUCUGUCUUACAGCCCCUGCGGAAAGAAAUCAGAUCCUGCAGGGCCCUGGUCUCGUGAGGCAGAGCGUUCCACCAGGCCGGAGCCAGAGUUGAAAAGGCCCUGGCUCUGGUUGAAGCCAGUCUAACUUCCUUAGGGCCUGGGACCACUAGGGUGUUGUUAUUUAUGGACCUUGAGGCUCUCCGUGGGGCAUACCAGGAGAGGCGGUCCCGUAGGUACGAGGGUCCUAAAGUAGGAUUGACACCCCCCACAUGUGCAUCAGCUGAUGUGUGGGGAGUUGAAUCCUACUUGGGGAGCAACUUCCCCCAUGCUUAGGAGGCACAUCAAAGUACAUACUAAUUCGUAUGUAUGUUUAUGUUGGGAUACUGCCGGGGAGACAGGGGCAUCAGGCAGGCCCUCAGCUGGCUCCAGCCACAAGCCAGCAGCCUUGCGAACACCGGUCUCCCUUGGAACAGCAUCAAACAGCGACACGAACCUCAGAUAUGUUUAGAGACUCGUGCACGCUCUAUCAGAGUGAAUAAAUCUUCGCACAACAGAAGUGGCGGACAGAGCCAUGUGUAAGCAUAAUUUACAGCAUUUUAUUCAGCAGCAUGAACAAAGGAAAAAACAUGUCUGCUUCCCCUUCGUGUCCAGCAAAACAGCAAAAGCAGUAUACAAAGCGGAAGUUCCCAGCGAGCCUGUGCUGGAAGUAAACAGGCAUGUGACACACAACAGUCAUGCCUGUUCCUUUUAAGGUGGAACGGACCUAUAUCCUAACAGUUUAUGUGUGUGUGCUGGUUGAGCAUUGAUAAAAUUUGAUGAGCUUGUUUAACGACUUCCUAUGUUCUGGUCUCUUCUGUAGCAAACCAAGAGGAAACUUGACGAUGCCAACAAACGCCUGGAGUUUCUGUAUGAUAAACUUAGAGAUCAGACAGUAAGCUUUAUUUAUCAUUGUGCAUUAUGCUUUGCCAUGCCCAGAUUAUCUUCCUCGCAUUUCACCUCCAAGCCAGCCAUUCUAAACUUCAGCAGCUGAACUCUCAGAUCGUUCUCCAGCCUUCCUUAUUUAUUCUUGCAUUGUUUUCCCGCUUUUAAAAACUAUUUGUUAGCUAGAAAUAAUUCCUGUGCUAUAAGAUGGGUCUGCAGUGUUUUGCAGAAUAAGUAAAUGCACUUCCUGGGUGGGAUUUGGGAAUCGUUUUUGAAGCGAUGUCACCAGAAGGUAGCUUUGUAUGUGGCAGCUGGCUGUUUAAACAAUCUGACAAAUGGAGCAUGUGGUAAGAUCAGGCUGAACGUUGUGUUGGGCUCCUGGGAAUCCCAAGAAAAUGCUUAAAACUGUCAGCCCCCUUUAAACAGCAUUAGAAAUCCCCAAGCCAGACCAGUUGUAAGAAGUCCAUAUAUCUAUUUCAGCAUUCUGUCCCUACAGUGGCCAAGCAGAAUAAGACAGAGCACAGGGGAUGACUUGUGUGUAUUGGGGAACCUGGGCCACCAACUUCCACCAGCCCCAGCCAACAUGGUCCAGUUGGAGUCCAGCCACAGCUUCCCCAUCCCUGGCCUACGGCAUCGGUCAUUAUUGGGAGUCAUUCUGACUCUGAAUAGACAGAUUGCACAUAGCUGCUGCCCCACUUGUGCAGAUGCUGGUGGUGUCAUAGCACAAAAAAGCCAACUCUUGUAAAAAGUAUUUGCUUCCAAUCUCCAGCUAACGCAUCAUCCAGAAAGGCAUUUUAUUCUGUACCAGAAAUGCUCUCCAUAUGGGUUCCACCAUGUGGGUUGGGGAAGUCCUGUAGUGGCGCAGGAGGCAACAUUCUGAGGUCUUGGCUGGGCAGGGCAGGAGAGGCAGACACACUGUUCCACAUGCCCUGGAGCAGGGUUUCCCAAACUUGGGUCUCCAGCUGUUGUUGGACUACAACUCCCAUCAUCCCUGGCUAGCAGUGGUCAAGGAUGAUGGGAAUUGUAGUCCACCAACAGCUAGAGACCCAAGUUUGGGAAUUUCCUGCUAGAGGAACGGGAGAAGGGGCUACUACUGCCUUGCACCAACCUGUUGCCGUUGGCGCUCGCAGCUGUUCUUGGAAGAAGUUGUUUGCUUGCCCCAGUUGCAUCUGCCUUUGAGAAGUCGUGUAAAAUAAUGAUACCGCAACCAUUGACGAGGACAAAUUUCUCCAGUGGCCAUUUAGCCACUCCACUCGAUGAGUGGCGUGCUUGGGGCCGAGAAUGCUGGAGUGGCGUCAGGUUGGGGUUCCCAGAUAUCUCUGUGAAAAGCGUACCUUCUCCAUGUUGUUUUCUCUCCCCCUCCCUCCAGCUCUCCCCGACGAUCAUCAACGGUUUGCACAACAUCGCCAGAAGCAUCGAAACACGGAACUACACGGAGGGCCUGAACAUCCACACCCACAUAGUCAGCACAAGCAACUUCAGCGAGACGUCUGCCUUCAUGCCGGUGCUCAAAGUGGUCCUCACCCAGGCCAACAAGCUGGCCGUGUGA